AUGACGGCCAGCACUAACAAUAAAUCUUUGAGAAAGGUAGAAGAAGCUAAUCAUAAAUCUUAGAGAAACAUCAGGCACUUACUUUGUGUGUGCCCACUGUCUCUAAAUUUGAAACGCUACUUUGCCCCUUAGGGCCACCAUACUUUUGACUGCAGUUAUGCAAUAAACAAACUGAACAACUCCUUUUGAGAGCUCUGCCUGUCUUUAUUCAAUAGCAGGACCCAGCCGUACCACAGUGCGACUGUCUGUCACCUCUCCCUCCAUGACGGCUCUGAGGGCUUGAUGCAGGUCCUUUUAACAAUCCCAGUAAAGGGUCUAAAUGGAUGCCUGUUGAAUGGCUUUAUUGCAACUCUGAUUAAAUCAGUGUUAGCUGGUCAAUAGCCUGUAAACCACCCAGUGGAAAGCCAGGCAAUGCCCGGUCCUGGCGGCUUCCAGAGGGUGAGUGUCAGGGCGUGUUGUAGGUGUAAUGUAGGAAUCAAACGCAGGACGCAGACUGAAUGUUCCAAAGGCUGUAUUACUGGCCCAACACAGGCAACAGGACAACUAAGCCCGACAGCAAAAACACGCACGAAGGCGAAAGGUAAUUGCGCACUAACAGGUGCGACAAAAUGUAACGGUGCACACACAGGUGCAAAUAAGCUCCAGCACAGUGGAGAAAUACGCUCAACCGAGCAAAACACAACGCUGACGGAAACAAUCACACACAACCCUAGACAAACACAACGAGAAACUUAUAGGACACUAAUUACGUCAAAACAGAAACAGGUGUGGAAACAAACAGACAAAAGCAAACGAACAUGAAACAUAUAUCGGUGGCAGCUAGAAUUCCGGAGACGACGAACGCCGAAGCCUGCCCGAACAAGGGAGAGAGGCAGCCUCGGCCGAAACCGUGACAGUGAGAUCUGGGCCAAAACACUGGGAGCUCUAGCUGUUCUUCUGAACUGUAAGGGAAGUGCUUUUUUAGGAUUACACUACGCCUGAGGUGACAUACUGUAUGGACUUCACUCACUGAUGAUGGCUGGAUGGUUCUGUUAACUUAUUGGAACAAAACAUUGACAUUUGAGUCAUUUAGCAGACGCUUUUAUCCAGAGCGACUUACAGUUAGUGAGUGCAUACAUUUUCAUACUGGCCCCCCGUGGGAAACAAACCCACAACCCUGGCGUUGCAAGCGCCAUGCUCUACCAACUGAGCUACAGGGGACCCUAAGGCAGCCAUGUUGGGAUAAUCAGGGUUGAGGUCAAUUUCAUUUGCAAUUCAGGAACUGUUAAUGAUUGGGACAUAGGGAUUGGCCCAGCGUCGUCUUGGUUUGGCCGGUGUAGGCCGUCAUUGUAAAUAAGAAUUUGUUCUUAACUGACUUGCCUAGUUAAAUAAAGGUAAAAUAAAAUAAAAAAUAAAAAAAUGAAUGGAAAAAAAAAUUAAGGAUGCUCCUUGAAAAUAGGGGUAUCAAGUCAUUGAGUUCAUUUGACAUUAUAUUAUGUUCAUGAAUUUCAAUUGAUGAACUGGAAUUUAUCCCAACCCUUAAUUGACCCCCAACUCUUCCCCUCUAUAAAAUAUAUCCCCUCUCCAUUCUAGCUAGACAGGGCAAUUACCCUGCCUUUACUGCCCUCCCCCAAACUCUGCUGGCCAAAAGAUAAGAAGCCAACAAGGUGAAGAGUUUGGAUGUAUAGUUUUUGAAGUGUCUAAUGUUUAUUCUCCAAAGAUUGUUAGAGGAACUCAGAAGUGCCUAGUGUAGCAGAUGUGCCUCUGCUUUGUAGCAGAGGUGGUUCGGUGAACCUGAAGACUUGCGACCUAAAGACUUUCGUCAGCUCUCUGAGCUAGCUAAUGCAUUGGGCGACAUUUUCAUAGUGCAAAUUAAUUCACCAAAUAUCCAUAAACCUCAUUAUAAGCUGGCAUUGUGAUUUAGUUUUAAACUUUUCUUCAACAAUGUGCAUUAUGAAGAGGCGACUAUGUAUUGCUCGGUAAGCUGUAAUCACCAUACCGACAUUGCUGAAGAAAAGUUUCAAAGUAAAUCACGCUGCGAGAUUAAAAUGAGUUUUACGAUGUAUUUUGCACUUUGAAAAUGUCACCCUGAGGCUUUAGCUCAGCGGGCAAACACAUUCUUGAGGCGACCCAGUUUCGAACCCAGUCAGUCACAUCCAGACGAGGAUUUUGUUUGUGUAUCGUAUCUGCCCUUAUACUAUUUAAUUUUGUGGAAUUGUUGGGGGAAAGCCUCUAGGAUGCAUUGUCUUUAGACUUAUGGCUCUGACUUUAAGCUUCAUAAAGGGCAAACAGAUUUGAGCUGUUCCUAGGAAGCCUAAACUGUAUUGACGUUGUUGUGGCUGGAUUGACUCUCGUUACCGGCACUCCCAUGUUUGGCCAUUUAGAUUAUCACUCUCUGAAAGUGAGGAAGUGACUCUCCUUUGACUUCUCUGUGUAGCUCUUCCAUUUGUUAUCUUGUUGACUUGGCAGAUCUGACGAAAGGAUAGAUAAGUUUAAGGGGGAGUGCUUGACCGCAUGAUUAAAACUGCCUCAUGGCAUCUUCUCCUUAUCAGGUUUCAUUCAAAUGAACAGUCUAUUAAACUAGUGUGCUAUCUAUGAAUGUGGUAGAAAUACUACACAGCACAGGAGGUUGGUGGUACCUGAAUUGGGGAGAACGCACUUGUGGUAAUGGCUGUAGAGGAAUGAGUGGAAUGGUAUCCAAUACAUCAAAAACAUGGUUUCCAUGUGUUUGAUGCCAUUCCAUUCGCUCCUUUCCAGCCAUUAUUAUGAGCCGUCCUCCCCUCAGCACAGGAAUGUAGUCUGUGUGUGUCACGGGCAGCAUCUGAAUCCCAAGGGAGAAACCAAUGUCCUAACCAUUAGACCUAUGGGUAAUUUCCUCUUGGGCCAAGGGUGACACUGAUUUUGUAUAUAGCAGUCCGUGUGUACGCACACACGCAUGUAUGUAUGUGCGUGUAUGUGUUUAUGUAUGUGUGUGUGCGCAUGCUUGCGAGUGUUUAAUCUCAUUCAGGAGGAGUAACACUUGACUUUUGAUUACUCACUCCUUGUGUGAUUUAGCCGUCAAACAUUUGUCCCGGCUAUCUAUUUCUGAUUAAAGAGUGUCUUCUCAAGGACGCCUCAAGAAAACAAGCAACAAUAACCUCCUCCCCACUGCAGGCAUGCGUUACACAAACUCACACGCACACACACACACACAGACACACACAUACACACACACACACACACACACACACACACACACACACACACACACAGACACACACGCACACACACACACAGACACACGCACGCACACACACGCACGCACGCACGCAUGCACGCACGCACGCACACACACACACACACACACACACACACACACACACACACACACACACGCACAAACACAGACACACGCACACACACAGACACACACACAAGCACACACACGCACCCACACACAGGCACACACCCACAUACACGCGCACAGACAGACACCACAGUACCAUUUAUCUGGUACUGGUACUCCCUGUAUAUAGCUCCAUUCUUGUGUAUUUUAUUUUAUUCCUCUUGUGUUACUAUUUAUAUUAUUAUUUUUAAACUCUGCAUUGUUGGGAAGGGCUCAUAAGCAAGCAUUUCACGGUGAAGUCUACACCAGUUGUAUUCGGAGCAUGUGGCAAAUUGUGACUCCUACUCCUGCGAACCCCCGGUGUGUGGGGCCCUUCAAGGUAACCUAUCGUUUAAAACUACCGGAUCUCACCUUUCAUGUUUCCCUCCUCAGGCCGGUGUUUCCUGGUCCCCUGGCUGAUGCCGCCCCCCAUGACACCCCUCCGCCUCCCCUGGACAUCGAGGGGACCCCCGCCUAUGCUGUUAGGUCCCUCCUGGACUCCCGACGUCAUGGAGGUCGGCCCCAGUACCUGGUGGAAUGGGAGGGGUAUGGUCCUGAGGAGCGCUGUUGGGUCCCGGUGGCAGACAUCCUGGACCCCAACAUCAUCCAGGAUUUCCAUCUCCGCCGUCCGGACCGGCCCGCUCCUCGUCCUCGGGGUCGUCCUCCUGGCCGGCGUCGUCUUGCGGCUGGUGCCGCGUGUCGGGGGGGCUGCUCCCUCCCUCCGGCGCUUGACGUCGCUGGUCUACUAACCACAGGCCCUGGCAACUAUGAUUAUGCACACCUGCUCCCCAUCAUUACGCACACCUGGUCUUCAUUUUCUCCGUGAUUGCUCCCCCUUUAUUUAUCCCUCAGUUUGUCAUGUUUGUUCAUCUGUCUCGUUUCAUUAUUAAACUUACCUUCUUCACCUGCUUCCUGACUCCGGAUAUUACGUAACACAAAUAACAUUUGAUUUGAUUUCUGUGCACAACACAACAGCCGUCUGUGACCAUCCACAAAAACCUCUCCAAGCCAAACCUUCAUACGCUAACUGCUACACAGCCUACAUCGUUGUCACCUUGUUAAUGAAAUACCCAACAAACUACAGUCGUGGUCAAAAGUUUUUAGAAUGACACAAGUAUUUGGUCUUCACAAAGUUCGCCACUUCAGUGUUAUGAGAUAUUUUUGUCAGAUGUUACUAUGGUAUACUGAAGUAUAAUUACAAGCCUUUCAUAAGUGUCAAAGGCUUUUAUUGACAAUUACAUUAAGUUUAUGCAAAGAGUCAAUAUUUACAGUGUUGACACUUCUUUUUCAAGACCUCUGCAAUCCGCCCUGGCAUGCUGUCAAUUAACUUCUGGGCCACAUCCUGAAUGAUGGCAGCCCAUUCUUGCAUAAUCAAUGCUUAGAGUUUGUGGGUUUUUGUUUGUCCACCCGCCUCUUGAGGAUCGACCACAAGUUCUCAAUGGGAUUAAGGUCUGAGGAGUUUCCUGGCCGGAGAAGUUGCUCUCGGAGGAUGUGUUAGUACCAUUCUUUAUUCAUGGCUGUGUUCUUAGGCAAAAUUGUGAGUGAGCACACUCCCUUGGCUGAGAAGCAACCCCACACAUGAAUGGUCUCAGGAUGCUUUACUGUUGGCAUGACACAGGACUGAUGGUAGCGCUCACCUUGUCUUCUCCGGACAAGGUGUUUUCCGGAUGCCCCAAACAAUCGGAAAGGGGAUUCAUCAGAGAAAAUGACUUUACCCCAGUUCUCAGCAGUCCAAUCCCUGUACCUUUUGCAGAAUAUCAGUCUGUCCCUGGUGUUUUUCCUGGAGAGAGGUGGCUUCUUUGCUGCCCUUCUUGACACCAGGCCAUCCUCCAAAAGUAUUCGCCUCACUGUGCAUGCAGAUGCACUCACACCUGCCUGCUGCCAUUCCUGAGCAAGCUCUGCACUGGUGGUACCCCGAUCCCGCAGCUGAAUCAACUUUAGGAGACGGUCCAGGUGCUUGCUGGACUUUCUUGGGCGCCCUGACGCCUUCUUCACAACAAUUGAACCUCUCUCCUUGAAGUUCUUGAUGAUCCGAUAAAUGGUUGAUUUAGGUGCAAUCUUACUAGCAGCAAUAUCCUUGCCUGUGAAGCCCUUUUUGUGCAAAGCAAUGAUGAUGGCACGUGUUUCCUUGCAGGUAACCAUGGUUAACAGAGGAUGAACAAUGAUUUCAAGCACCACAAUCCUUUUAAAGCUUCCAGUCUGUUAUUCUAACUCAAUCAGCAUGACAGAGUGAUCUCCAGCCUUGUCCUCGUCAACACUCUCACCUGUGUUAACAAGAGAAUUACUGACAUGAUGGCAACUGGUCCUUUUGUUGCAGAGCUGAAAUGCAGUGGAAAUGUUUUUGGGGGAUUAAGUUCAUUUUCAUGGCAAAGAAGGACUUUGCAAUUAAUUGCAAUUAAUUGUAUCACUCUUCAUGACAUUCUGGAGUAUAUGCAAAUUGCCAUCAUCAAAACUGAGGCAGCAGACUUUGUGAAAAUUAAUAUUUGUGUCAUUCUCAAAACUUUUGACCACAACUGUAAAACUAAUGCGUUAGUAAACCCACAACCCAAUCCAUGUGUACAAUCACACAGUACAGUGUACAGCAAUCAGUUAACAGUUACCUGCCAGAACAGGAUCCGGCACCUCUCAGUUUUGAACUGUUUCAUUCCGGAACCCAUUUGCCAGGUUCUGGUACUUCUCGUUACAUGAAACAUUAUUUUCACUGUUUGUAAUGUAAAAAUUAUAAUAAAAGCAAUAAGAGUUAAAACCUCUUAAGGAUCGUAAUCUUUAUUUCAAUUUUUGCCUAUAAUUACAUACACAAAUCUAACUGCCUGUAGCUCAGGACCUGAAGCAUAUUCUUGAUGGCAUAUUCUUGGGCCAGCUGCAGCUUAACUAGGUCUUUCCUUGCAGCACUGGACCACACGACUGGACAAUCAAGACUCUUGGUAUCAUUUGAAAGGGAACACUUUGAAGUUUGUGGAAAUGUGAAAUGAAUGUAGGAGAAUAUAACACAUUAGAUCUGGUAAAAGAUAAUACAAACAACUAAAACAUGCGUUUCUAUUAUGUUUUUGUUGUUGUUGCAUCAGCUUUGAAAUGCAAGAGAAAGGCCAGAGAGUGAUGUAGGAAUCUAGUUGUAAUUUAGAUGUUGUGCACAUGAUGGCAGCAUUGUGUGCGCAAAGUUUCAAACUGAUCCAGUGAAGGAUUACACCUCUACACAAUAUUUUGUAUCAAGUCUGCAGGAGUUUUCCCAAAUGUUCCGAAUUGGCCAAUUUAUACAUUUUCAGAGACAGCAGGGGUUCCUACAUACAACCCAGUUCCUACAUUUGAAUAUAAAAAUACUGUGCUACAUAUUAUCUCUGAGACCCUCAGGAUGACAAAUCAGAGCAAGAUUUUCGAAUGUUAGUACAUUAUUUACCUUCAGAGGUGAAUGUAUCAAACCAGUUGCCGUGACAAAAGUGUUUUGUUGUUGUGCACUAUCCUAAAACAAUAGCAUUGUAUUUUUGAGCUAUAAUAUUUACUGUAAAUUGUACACUGCAGUUAGAUUAACAAGAAUUUAAGCUUUCUGCCCAUAUAAGACAUGUCUAUGUCCUGGAAAGUUGGCUGUUGUUUACAACGCCAUUCUAGUCACAGAUCACAUAUUUUUGUAUUUUUGUAUUUUAUUAGGAUCCCCAUCAGCUGUUGCAAAAGCAGCAGCUACUCUUCCUUGGUUCCACACAAAACAUGCAUCAUGACAUAAUACAGAACAUUAAUAGACAAGAGCAGCUCAAGGACAGAACUACAGAAAACAUUUUUUAAAGGCACACAUAGCCUACAUAUCAAUACAUACACACAAACUAUCUAGGUCAAAUAGGGGAGAGGCGUUGUGCCGUGAGGUGUUGCUUUAUCUGUUUUUUGAAACCAGGUUUGCUGUUUAUUUGAGCAAUAUGAGAUAGAACGGAGUUCCAUGCAAUAAUGGCUCUAUAUAAUACUGUACGCUUUCUUGAAUUUGUUCUGGAUUUGGGGACUGUGAAAAGACCCCUGGUGGCAUGUCUAGUGGGGUAAGUGUUUGUGUCAGAGCUGUGUGUAAGUUGACUAUGCAAACAAUUUGGGAUUUUCAACACAUUAAUGUUUCUUAUAAAAAGAAGAAGUGAUGCAGUCAGUCUCUCCUCAACUCUUAGCCCUCUGAUUACAAUGAAGAGCAAGACGUGCCGCUCUGUUUUGGGCCAGCUUCAGCUUAUCUAGGUCUUUCCUUGCAGCGCUGGACCACACGACUGGACAAUAAUCAAGAUUAGACAAAACUAGAGCCUGCAGAACUUGCUUUUUGGAGUGUGGUGUCAAAAAAGCAGAGUUUCUCUUUAUUAUGGACAGACCUCGCCCCAUCUUUACAACCAAUCAAUCUAUAUGUUUUGACCAUGAUACCCUAAUAUUCAAAGAAUUGAUUUGUGUUGGGCUGGCCCGGGUUUGUGGUUUGCGCAACAUUGUAGCCCAUAUAGACCAACGCGUGGCCAUUGCUGUGGUGAGAGAGAAGCAUGCCUGUAUCUCUCACAGAACUAGAAUGAGAUUCACUUUCAAUGAUCUCUCCCUGCUCUGAUAGACAUGAGCAUGCAACACUCAUCUCUCCAGCGUUGCACUUCAUCAUAUAUUUCCUUAUAGAAUCAUAGCCAUGGGAAGGGUGCUGGAGGUGCCGCAGCACCCCUGAUACAUUUAAAUACUUUUGCCAAAGUUGUAGAAUUACAGCUGUCAGCCAGAACAGGCCUUUCGUGAUUUGUCAAAUACAAUCGUGGGUAAACACAGAUCCUGCUGAAAAGAGAUGCCUAAUCUGUUUGUAGGCUACCAAGUUAUCAACUUCUAAAUAGACCUAAUGAGCGAAUAGCAUUGUUUUACAAAGUAAAACAAGAGAGAGAUAAGCUUUUGGCACGAGCGCAUCGGCCAUCGCUGGAGUGAGUACCACAUCAUUGGGUGAGUCAGUGAAACUGGAAAGCUUUUUUAGGACUAUAAUCUCCUCCUCAUAUUGUACAAUAUGUGUGUCUCCACAGACCUAGACUAUUGAUGGAUUCAAGACAAGGUCGUUUUUAUUGAUCUCAGAUUCUCAGUUUGUCAUUUAGCCUGUAUUUUCGAUCAUUUGUGAGGUAUUAAAAAAUAUUCUGCUAAUAUCACAUUUCAGGAGAAGACCCAGAUGCAGACAUUGUCGAAGUAACAAACGUUUAUUACAAAAACAGGGGGCAGGCAAACGACAGGUCAAGGGCAGGCAGAGGUCAGUAAUCCAGAUCAGAGUCCAAAAGGUACAGGACGGCAGGCAGGUUCAGGGUCAGGGCAGGCAGAAUGGUCAAAACCGGGAAAACUAGAAAACAGGAACAAGGGGAAAAACGCUGGUAGGCUUGACGAAACAAAACUAACUGGCAACAGACAAACACACAGGUAUAAAUACACUAGGGAUAAUGGGGAAGAUGGGCAACACCUGGAGGGGGGUGGAGACAAUCACACGGAUAGGUGAAACAGAUCAGCGUGUAACAGCUAAUGUCUCCAGUCAUCUAAAAUGAUGUAGAAUUGCAUGAAAUGCGUUUAUAAAGGUCAAUUCUUUCCCGGACCCUAAGCCACAAAAAAAAUUCCCAAUGUGUGCAACUUCUGCAAGCGCCUCUCUCUACUCUCCUGCUCUAUGCCAGUACGCAAAAGCGCUGAUAAUGCAUGCAAAGUUUUAAUAUAAAAGUUAUUUUUCUUUCAUGCAUUCUGAUACCUCAGAGCCCCCCAGGUAACCCCCCUCUCGGGCUCACUUUUUGUUCCCGGCACCUCCCAUUUACACUGGCAGUUACACUGGCAGGUUCCGGUGGCAAUAAAUUAAUAAAACCAAAAGCUUACUUUGACUUGGAAGAGUUACUGUGUUGGUAGAGCAUGGCGCUUGCAACGCCAGGGUUGUGGGUUCGUUUCACACGGGGGGCCAGUGUGGGGAUGUAUGCACUCACUAACUGUGAGUCGCUCUGGAUAAGAGCGUCUGCUAAAUUACUAAAAUGUAAAUGUUGGAUAGCCUUAGCCAGCUAGCUAACAUACAGUGCCUUCGGAAAGUAUUCAAACCACUUGACUUUUUCCACAUUUUGUUAUGUUACAGCAUUAUUUAAAAUUGAUUAAAUAGUUUUUUUUCCCCCUCAUCAAUCUACACACAAUACCCCAUAAUGACAAAGCAAAAACAGUUAUUUCGAAUUUUUUGCUAAAUUAUUAAAAAUAAAAAACUGAAAUAUCACAUUUACAUAAGUAUUCAGACCCUUUACUCAGUACUUUGUUGAAGCACCUUUGGCAGCGAUUACAGCCUAGUGUCUUCUUGGGUAUGACGCUACAAGCUUGGCACAUCUGUAUUUGGGGAGUUUCUCCCAUUCUUCUCUGCAGAUCCUCUCAAGCUCUGUCAGGUUGGAUGGGGAGCGUUGCUGCACAGCUAUGUUCAGGUCUCUCCAGAGAUGUUCGAUCAGGUUCAAGUCUGGGCUCUGCCCAGGCCACUCAAGGACAUUCAGAGACUUGUCCCAAAGCACGCAGACGUUGUCUUGUCUGUGUGCUUAGGGUCGUUGUCCUGUUGGAAGGUGAACCUUCACCCGAGUCUGAGGUCCUGAGCGCUCUGGAGCAGGUUUUCAUCAAGGAUCUCUCUGUACUUUGCUCCGUUCAUCAUUGCCUCGAUCCUGACUAGUCUCCCAGUCCCUGCCGCUGAAAACCAUCCCCACAGCAUGAUGCUGCCACCACCAUGCUUCACCGUAGGGAUGGUGCCAGGUUUCCUCCAGACGUGGCGCUUGGCAUUCAGGCCAAAGAGUUUAAUCUUGGUUUCAUCAAACCAGAGAAUCUUGUUUCUCAUGGUCUGAGAGUCUUUAGGUGCCCUUUGGCAAACUUCAAGCGGGCUGUCAUGUUUAUUUUACUGAGGAGUGGCUUCCGUCUGGCCACUCUAUCAUAAAGGCCUGAUUGGUGGAGUGCUGCAGGGAUGGUUGUCCUUCUGGAAGGUUCUCCCAUCUCCACAGAGGAACUCUAGAGCUCUGUCAAAGUGACCAUCGUUUUCUUGGUCACCUCCCUGAGCAAGGCCCUUCUCCCCCGAUUGCUCAGUUUGGCCGGGCGGCCAGCUCUACGAAGAGUCUUGGUAGUUCCAAACUUCUUCCAUUUAAGAAUGAUGGAGGCCACUGUGUUCUUGGGGACCUUCAAUGCUGCAGAAAUGUUUUGGUACCCAGAUCUGGGCCUAGACACCAUCCUGUCUCGGAGCUCUACAGACAAUUCCUUUGACCUCAUGGCUUGGUUUUUGCUCUGACAUGCACUGUCAACUGUGGGACCUUAUAUAGACAGGUGUGUGCCUUUCCAAAUCAUGUCCAAUCACUUGAAUUUAUCACAGGUGGACUCCAAUCAAGUUGUAGAAACAUCUCAAGCAUGAUCAAUGGAAACAGGAUGCACCUGAGCUCAAUUUCGAGUCUCAUAGCAAAUGGUCUGAAUACUUAUGUAAAUAAGGAAUUUAUGUUUUUUAUUUUUAAUACAUUUGCAAACAUUACUAAAAACCUGUUUUUGCUUUGUCAUUAUGGGGUAUUGUGUGUAGAUUGCUGAGGAUUUAAAAAAUAUAAUAAUAUUUUAUAAAAAUAUAUAUCCAUUUUAGAAUAAGGCUGUAACGUAACAAAAUGUGAAGAAAGUCAAGGUGUCUGAAUACUUUCCGAAGGCACUGUACAUAUAAUUCCUAUCUGUUUGCAUCAGUUUGAUGAGUAGUCUAAAUUAGCUGCAUUAACUAAGUAAAUGAAAGGUAAAAUAACAAUAAGAAAAAAUACAACAGAAUAAAGCUAGCUCUCUCCUUCUCUCUCUCUGCUGCUUCUCCUUCAUUUUUGAAGAAAAUAAUUUGUUCAAAACUGUUAAAUUCUCUGAUCCUUUGAUUGGAUGGACAAGAUGUUAGUUCAUACUGCAAGAGCUCUGUUAGGUUGGAGGACGUCCUCUGGAAGUUGUAAUAAUUUCUGUGUAAGUCUAUGGAUGGGGGUGAGAACCAUGAGCCUCCUAGGUUUUGUAUUGAAGUCAAUGUACCCAGAGGAAGACGGAAAAUAGCUGUCUUACCCUAGAGCAGUGCUUCUCAAUUAUUUUCUGUUACGUCCCCCCUAGGAAGAAGUAAACAUUUCGCGCCCCCCAACUCUCCGACGCGACUGUAAAUAGUAUAAUUUGUCUAUAAAAUUGUUAUAAGUACACCUCUGCAUAACAUUGUAUCCUUAUUAACAUUUAAAAAAAGAAAAAGAAAAAAGAAAUAUAGAUCAACUUACUACAAAGAAUAACUUUAUUAACAUAGUUUUUUAGUCUGUAACAGAAAAUACUUAAAGUGCAUCAAUUUGCCUGAAAAGAAAUAAUUAAAUUCCAUCCUUAUUUAAACUGUAAAAUGUUUUUGACCAUUUGAUACUGAAAAAUAAAAUAUAAUCAAUAAAUAAUAAUACAUUCAAAUUGAUCAGCAACAUGAACUCAGGAGCACAAUAUAUGAAACACUUUGACCUAUAAAACAAAAAUCAAAAUGAGGAAGUCAGGAUUAAUGGCUACAAUGAGCACGUUUUGCAGUGCACAGCUUUUCGAAGCAGGGUUUGAAGCAUGAUACUGCAACUCUCAGCUCCUGCUCAAUGUUUAGCUGGGACCUGUACUUGGUCAUCAGUGCAGCAACAGCAGAGAAGCCAGUCUCACAAAGAUAAGAUGUUGCAAAAGGAAGAAGAAUGCCCAUGGCCCUCUGCCCUAAGAGUGGAUACUGCCUCUCUACACUCAGCCAGAAUUCACUCAGUGUCUGUGAUGUGAACCACAGUCUCAAUGUGGAGUCAGACGUCAUAUCAAUGAACUGGUCCUCCUCUGCAGAGCUGAAACCAGUUGGAGCUGGUGCAUUGAAAGGAUCUCUCACCCAGUCAUAUUGGGAACUGUUUUCAGGGAAGUACUUUUUAAAGAAUCCCAUCAGUGAUGAAAUAUGCUCCUUAAUAUAUGGAAUCACUGAGGUGGCAUCAUAGUCAGUAGUGUCAACAAAUUCAUGCAGGUUCUCGAAUGAAUCAGUAUUUCCUUCCAUCAAGUCGCCUGCCCCACAUUGCAAGCUUUCGAGUGAAAGAGCUGAUCUUGUCUGUGACCUGAGGGAGGUGUUUAUCUUUCCCUUGAAGCUGUAGAUUUAGUUAAUUUAGCUUUCCAAAUAUGUCACUCAGGUAGGCCAGUUUUGCCAGGAAGUUCUCAUCACUAAAUUUUUCUGCGAGGUCAUACUUGUGCUCCUGCUCCGAAAACAUUCUUAUCUGCUCUCUGAGCUCAAAAACUCGGGACAAGACUUUUCCUCGUGACAGCCACCUUGCUUCACUGUGAAACAGCACAGCUUGAUGUUCAGCUCCCAUCUCCUCACAGAUAGCAGAGAAGACUCUUGUUUUUAGUGGUCUGGUGAUUGGGGUGUAAUGUCUUUAAGUGACACCUUAAUUUAUUUGGCUUCAUGCUGUCCACUGCCAAUAUUUUUAGACACAGUAAACAUACCGGUCUUUCCUCGUCUCCCAAUGUAGUCACAGUGAAGCCAAGCGCUACAUACGCUUCGUCAUAUUUCCUCGUCUUAGCUUUCGAGAGACGUUUGUCUCAUUAUCUCCGUCUCUCUCCGCCAUUCUUUUCAUCCCUGUUGAAUAUUUUUCCAUGGUGUCUCUUAAGGGUUUGUUAUCUGCACUUCAUAUCUCCUGCUCUGUGCUGUGUGCUCUUGUUCGGUGCAAAAAAACCCUACUCCCUGCGCGCCCCACUAUUUGAGAAGGACUGCCCUAGAGGGUGCUGUUGAGGCUACUGUAGACCUUCAUUGCAAAACAGUAUGUUUUAAUCAGUUAUUUGGUGGCGUGAAUGUAUGUAGUAUAGUUUUAUAUAAAAAUAAUAACUUUAAUGUUACACUAUUUUUAUAGGAUGGUCCUCCCCUUACUCCGCUGAGGAACCUCCACUGCCCCACUUACCCAUUCUCACUUCGUAGACUUUAAGGCUGUUGGUAGUAUACAUGGUGACACUAUGGAAGAUCUUGAGAUCCAAUUCAAUGUAUACUAUUGAAGGUAUACUAUUCAAGAUUGUUACAAUCAUAGGGAAAUGCAGUCAUUACGGGCAAGUCUGAGUGGUUCACUGUGAAGUCUGGAGUGAGACAGGAUUUCUUCAUCUCUCAGAUCCUCUUCCUUAUUACCAUUGACUGGAUUAUGACCAAAACCACAUCAUACAAACACAGAGGUAUUCAGUGGACCCUGUUCUGCCACCUAGAAGAUCUCAAAACUUUGCCAAAAAACUCACGUUAUGCAUUUGUCCAACUCAUCCCAUCUGGAGGUCUGAGCAGAGCAGCCUCAAAACAAAUAUCCACCUAUAUAACAGCAAUGUCAAAUCUGUUCUAUUGUAUGGUUUGGAUUGUUGGCAUGUUGUCAGGAACGACAUGAGACGGAUGGAGUCUUUCAGCAGUGGAGGUCUCAGGAGAAUCUGCUGCAUCUUCUGACCGAACAAAAUAUACAACAGUGCCAAAAUAUCACACAACACAUCAAGAUAAUAAUAUGCCAUUUAGCAGACACUUUUAUCCAAAGCGACUUACAGUCAUGUGUGCAUAUAUUUUUACGUAUGGGUGGUCCCGGGGAUCGAACCCACUAUCCUGGCGUUACAAGCGCCAUGCUCUACCAAUUGAGCUACAGAGGACCACCAAUAUACCAAGAUAAGUUGACAGAUGUCUUGACCACAUUAAUAAUAAUUUGCCAUUUAGCAGACGCUUUUAUCCAAAGCGACUUACAGUCAUGCGUGCAUACAUUUUUGUGUAUGGGUGGUCCCGGGGAUCGAACCCACUACCUUGGCGUUACAAGCGCCGUGCUCUACCAGCUGAGCUACAGAGGACCACAUUCUCAGAAUGCCAAGAUAUAAACUCAUUGUGGAUUUAUGUCCCAAUGGGGAUGACGUGGAUUGAGUAAAUAUAUAGAAUAUUAGAGAUUUGUCUGCAUAUGUGGACAACUCUCAGGCCUAGGUCUAAGACACUCUGAUCUAUUAUGACCCUAUUGGUCAUCCAUGCCAUUAACUUAUGUGAUUCGGCUUUCCUAAAUGAACAACUGUCUGGUGGUCACAUAUACUUUUCUGUACUUUCUUGCCUAAAUGGACAGCUUGUCACAGCUUGCACUCCAACCUUCUACUCUGUACAGCUAAAGAAGGUUCCUUACAUCUUUUCUUAUCUUAUCCUUGCCAUAUACAGUGCCUUCAGAAAGUAUGCAUACCCCUUGGCUUAUUCCACAUUUUGUUGUGUUACCGCCUGAAUUCAAAAUGGAUUCAAUCGAUUUUUCUCUCUCACCCAUCUACACAUAAUACCCUGUAACGACAAAGUGAAAACAUGUUUUUAGACAUUUUUGCAAAUCUAUUGAAAAUCAAACAUCUCAUUUACAUACAUAUUCUCAUUUACAUCCUCUCCUAUUCUCGCUAUACACCAAGUCACUUGGCUCUGUCAUAUCCUCACAUGGCCUCUCCUAUCAUUGCUACGCAGACGACACACAACUAAUCUUCUCCUUUCCCCCUUCUGAUAACCAGGUGGCGAAUCGCAUCUCUGCAUGUCUGGCAGACAUAUCAGUGUGGAUGAUGGAUCACCACCUCAAGCUGAACCUCGGCAAGACGGAGCUGCUCUUCCUCCCGGGGAAGGACUGCCCGUUCCAUGAUCUCGCCAUCACGGUUAACAACUCCGUUGUGUCCUCCUCCCAGAGUGCGAAGAGCCUUGGCGUGACCCUGGACAACACACUGUCGUUCUCCGCUAACAUCAAGGUAGUGACCCGAUCCUGUAGGUUCAUGCUCUACAACAUUCGGAGAGUACGACCCUGCCUUACACAGGAAGCGGCACAGGUCCUAAUCCAGGCACUUGUCAUCUCCCGUCUGGAUUACUGCAACUCGCUGUUGGCUGGGCUCCCUGCCUUUGCCAUUAAACCCCUACAACUCAUCCAGAAUGCCGCAGCCCGUCUGGUGUUCAACCUUCCCAAGUUCUCUCACGUCACCCCACUCCUCCGCACACUCCACUGGCUUCCAGUUGAAGCUCGCAUCUGCUACAAGACCAUGGUGCUUGCCUACGGAGCUGUGAGGGGAACGGGACCUCCGUACCUUCAGGCUCUGAUCAGUCCCUACACCCAAACGGGGGCAUUGCGUUCAUCCACCUCUGGCCUGCUGGCCCCCCUACCUCUGCGGAAGCACAGUUCCCGCUCAGCCCAGUCAAAACUGUUCGCUUCUCUGACACCCCAAUGGUGGAACAAGCUCCCUCACGACCCCAGGACAGCGGAGUCACUCACCACCUUCCGGAGACACUUGAAACCCCACCCACCUCUUUAAGGAAUACCUGGGAUAGGAUAAAGUAAUCCUUCUACCCCCCCUUAACCCAACCCAAAAAAACAAACAUAUUGUAAAGUGGUUAUCCCACUGGCUAUAAGGUGAAUGCACCUAUUUAUAAGUCGCUCUGGAUAAGAGCGUCUGCUAAAUGACGUAAAUGUAAUGUAUUCCACCUCUGAGUCAAAACAUGUUAGAAUAACCUUUGGUAGUGAUUACAGCUGUUAGUCUUUCUGGUUAAGUCUCUAAGAGUUUUGCACACCUGGAUUGUACAAUAUUUGCACAUUAUAUAUUUUUUUAUUCUUCAACUUCUGUCAAGUUGGUUGUUGAUCAUUGCUAGACAGCCAUUUUCUAGUCUUGCCGUAGAUUUUCAACCGAAUUUAAGUCAAAACUAUAACUAGGCCACUCAGGAACAUUCAAUAUCGUCUUGGUAAGCAACUCCAGUGUACAUUUGGCCUUGUGUUUUAGGUUAUUGUCCUGCUGAAAGGUGAAUUUGACUCCCAGUGUCUGUUGGAAAGCAGACUGAAACAGCUUUUCCUCUAGGAUUUUGCCUGUACUUAGCGCUAUUCCGUUUCUUUUUAUCCUAAAAAACACCCUAGUCCUUGCCGAUGACAAGCAUACCGAUAACAUGAUGCAGCCACCACCAUGCUUGAAAAUAUGAAGAGUGGUACUCAGUGUUGUGUUGGAUUUGCCCCAAACAUAACGCUUUGGAUUCAGGACAUAAAGUUAAUUUCUUUGACAUAUGUUUUGCAGUUUUACUUUAGUGCCUUGUUGCAAACAGAAUGCAUGUUUUGGAAAAGUGGUAUUCUAUACAGGCUUCCUUCUUUUCACUCUGUCAUUUAGGUUAGUAUUGUGGAGUAACUACAAUGUUGUUGAACCAUCCUCAGUUUUCUCCUAUCACAGCCAUUAAACUCUGUAACUGUUUUAAAGUUAUCCACUUUCACAACCAGUGGUAAGAAGACAGCAGCAGACAACUGUAUGGCUCUCUAUGCCACAGACAUGAUGACGUGUUCCUCUGUAGCUCAGCUGGUAGAGCACGGCGCUUGUAACGCCAAGGUAGUGGGUUCGAUCCCCGGGACCACCCAUACACAAAAAAUGUAUGCACGCAUGACUGUAAGUCGCUUUGGAUAAAAGCGUCUGCUAAAUGGCAUAUUAUUAUUAUGAUAUUCUAUUGUAUCAUAAACUGCAAUUUUAGUGGAUUUCCUUUCCUUCUAUGGCUUACCAUGGUGGUCCACCAUUAUAUAAUAAUCUGAACAGUUUAUGAUGUUGUACAUGGCUCCAUUAUAAUUCUUGCCCAUCAAAACAUAGGUAUAGACAAUGUCUAUUAGACAUCACCUGUUCUGUGUAGUCAUGAUUGGUUCAGCAGAUAUCAUGAUUGGUUCAGCAGAUAUUAAUGAAAAUACAUUGUCUGUCUGUGGCGGAAUAGAAUAACGGCCACCACAGCCACCAGGUGGCCAUUGUGAUAGGCUAUUUUGGAGUGGAUUUACAAAGGAUUCAAUAAAUAGACACUUACGUUUUCCUGAUGUACAGUUGAAGUCGGAAGUUUAUAUAGACUUAGGUUGGAGUCAUUAAAACUCGUUUUUCAACCACUCCACAAAUUUAUUUUUAACAAACUAUAGUUUUGGCAAGUCGGUUAGGACAUCUACUUUGUGCAUGACACAAGUAUUUAACAAUUGUUUACAGACAGAUUAUUUCACUUAUAAUUCACUGUAUCACAAUUCCAGUGGUCAGAAGUUUACAUACACUAAGUUAACUGUGCCUUUAAACAGCUUGGAAGAUUCCUGGCUUUAGAAGCUUCUGAUAGGCUAAUUGACAUAAUUUGAGUCAAUUGGAGGUGUACCUGUGGAUGUAUUUCAAGGCCUACCUUCAAACUCAGUGCCUCUUUGCUUGACAUCAUGGGAAAAUCCAAAGAAAUCAGCCAAGACCUCAGAAAAAGAAUUGUAGACCUCCACAAGUCUGGUUCAUCCUUGGGAGCAAUUUCCAAACGCCUGAAGGUACCACGUUCAUCUGUACAAACAAUAGUACGCAAGUAUAAACACAAUGGGACCACGUAGCUGUCAUACCGUUCAGGAAAGAGACGCGUUCUGUCUCCUAGAGAUGAACGAACUUUGGUGCGAAAAGUGCAAAUCAAUCCCAGAACAACAGCAAAGGACCUUGUGAAGAUGCUGGAGGAAACAGGUAUAAAAGUAUCUAUAUCCACAGUAAAACAAGUCCUAUAUCGACAUAACCUGAAAGGCCGCUCAGCAAGGAAGAAGCCACUGCUCCAAAAGCCAGACUACGGUUUGCAACUGCACAUGGGGACAAAGAUCGUACUUUUUGGAGAAAUGUCCUCUGGUCUGAUGAAACAAAAAUAGAACUGUUUGGCCAUAAUGACCAUCGUUAUGUUUGGAGGAAAAAGGGGGUUGCUUGCAAACCGAAGAACACCAUCCCAACCGUGAAGCACAGGGGUGGCAGCAUCAUGCUGUGGGGGUGCUUUGCUGCGGGACGGACUGGUGCACUUCACAAAAUAGAUGGCAUCAUGAGGAAGGAAAAUUAUGUGGAUAUAUUCAAGCAACAUCUCAAGAUAUCAGUCAGGAAGUUAAAGCUUGGUCGCAAUUGGGUCUUCCAAAUGGACAAUGACCCCAAGCAUACUUCCAAAGUUCUGGCAAAAUGGCUUAAGGACAACAAAGUCAAGGUAUUGGAGUGGCCAUCACAAAGCCCUGACCUCAAUCCUAUAGAAAAUGUGUGGGCAGAACUGAAAAAGCGUGGGCGAGCAAGGAGGCCUACAAACCUGACUCAGUUACACCAGCUCUGUCAGGAGGAAUGGGCCAAAAUUCACCCAACUUAUUGUGGGAAGCUUGUGAAAGGCUACCCGAAACGUUUGACUCAAGUUAAAAAAUUUGAAGGCAAUGCUACCAAAUACUAUUUGAGUGCAUGUAAACCUCUGACCCACUGGGAAUGUGAUGAAAGAAAUAAAAGCUGAAAUAAAUAAUUCUCUGUACUUCUGACAUUUUACAUUCUUAAAAUAAAGUGGUGAUCCUAACUGACCUAAGACAGUUUAUUUUUACUAGGAUUGAAUGUCAGGAAUUGUGAAAAACUGAGUUUAAAUGAAUUUGGCUAAGGUGUAUGUAAACUUCAGACUUCAACUGUAUCAAUAACUCAGCCAUCUCUCAACCAAUCCCUUAGCUUUUCACAAAAAAGUUAAGUGAUGACCAUGGGGCUAACUUUUUCAAAGGUUUCCAAAAAAUGUUCAAGCUGUAGGAAAAUUUAUCCUGACGGACCUUAUGGGUCCUUGAGGCAAAUUUGUUCAGCAUGAGGAAAGACAUCUGUAUACAAAGUUUCAAUUCUCUAGGUCAAACUGGGUGACGGAUAUGAGGCGAAAUUGCUUAUAACAGCAGCCAAUCACUGCCAUUCUUUCUGACCAAGUUACUCAUGGCCUGUAGUUUCUGUGUGCCAAAUUAGAAAAAAAGUUACAAAGUCAAGGAAAUCAAAUCAUUAAUAAUUGCUAUUAACACCUAACCAGUUCUAUUUUUUAUGUUUUCCCAAGAAUAGGGUUUAUCCAGUAGCUGUUCAUAACAAAAAAAGGAGGGGUAGGGUGAGGUGGGGCAAGAGGGGCGGUGUGAGAAUCCACCCCUUGUCAACUGAUCCAUGCCUUGUUUUCCUGUCCCCUCGCUCUCUCUCUCUCUCUCUCUCUCUCUCAAUGGCUGAUUAGACUCUCUCACUCUGGCCAGGCUGUGUCUUCAGGCUGUUGCUCUCAUUACAGACAAAGCAUGGGCAACCUGUAGCAUGCCAACAGCAGAGCAGGGCAACACCAAGGGACUCCAAGGGACUCACCAAGGGAAUGCUUCUGGAGUGAAUACUUUUUUUCAUUAUAUUUUUCUUUUUUACUUAUUUAAGUCACGGGUCACUUGUUUCACCAUGGAGUUCGGGAAGGUUAAUCUCAAAAUGUUGCUGCUGACCAUGAUGAUAUUCAAAUGGGGUAAGCCUCUCAUUGCAAGUGAUCGACACGAUGUUACGGGACGGGGUGUGAUGUAUCAUAGUGCAAAAAUGAUAUUCUGUAGUGUAAUUUGGAGAACAUUUUAAAUGUGAAGGGAAGGUAUGGCAGGGGUAUAAGGUACUAUGGGGUGUAAGCCCUUACAGAGGAACAAGUGCGCCACUUGCCAAUUGUUGUGGGCGGCUCGCAAUCCCCUUUGCUGUAAAGGCAACAGGUUGCAUGGACAGAUUUAUUGAAGCAAGCGAGUAAACAUCUUAAGUAAUUUAAUCAGAAAUGCCAACAAAAAAAGUUCACAAAUAUAUAUAUAUAUAUUAUUAUUAUUUUACAUAUAUUGACAAAUGCAGUUGCUUUACUACCAGUAUUCUGCUUUAAAUAAAUGUAUUCCCAAAUAUAUAUUGUAUUCAACAUCACAAGAAACUAAAAUGCUAAUUCCCACAGUUUCGAAACAUUAUGUUCUUCUCUUAUCACAAAUCCACUGUGCCUCUGGUUUUUGACUCUCCUUGGCAUUGGUUUGCAUGAAGAAUUCCCAUUUUUUCCCCAUGGUUUCAACUGAGGCUUGUACCUCUAACUCUUUACAACAAGUGGCCCCAAGAAUUCCCCCUUGUCUCCUUGUGUUUUGAGAAUUGCUGUUCGGUGAGUGGUACAGGAGUGGUUCUCAGGGAGAGGCUUGGCUGCGUUUGACCUAUUUUUCCCCACACAGCCCCACUUCACCCCCAUCUGGGAGGGGAGUCUGAAACAGACAGAGCAGGGGUGGGUAGGUGGCUACGUGUUCAUUAUUGCUCAUAACCAUGACAACGGGCUCUCAGACUAAUUUCCAGGGCAUUAUUGGAAAAUAUUAGCAUUUUAGUCAAAUCACUUUGAGCAACAUUGUUUGCUUUGAUGAUGUGGGACCCAGUUGGAUUCAUAUCUUAUCUGGAGCGUAUUCAAAUCAGGAGCUUGAUGAAAAUGUCAUAUUAAUAAUAACACAAAGUUCAAGAUAAUAGUGAUUAGAGUGAAAAGACUUAAGAAAUCAAUACUUCUUGUAUCAUUAAAACGAAUCCUAAAAUGCACAGCAUUUUGUCUCAUUGAGGAAAACUGAAUCUAGCACAGGAGUUUAGUUAACCUAUCCCUGUCAAUAUCCCACUCUUUCCCAGUUCACUAGUCUAUAGUUCAGCAGCAAAGGCAGGGGUCCAAAUCAAAUCAUGCAUGCAUGCGGAGACAGGGCAGCCAAUAGUUAGCUCACUGAUGAGAAACUGCAUUGAGAGGCGAGGGAAUUAAUGGAGAUAAUGAGGUCGCAAACAAUCUCAAGAAAAGCACAAAAUAAUGUGUUUGAAUGGAGCCAUUGAGCUUUGAUUUAAUUGCCAAAGUAUUGGAGUUAGCGCUUAGCAUGUUGCUACAUAGCAUGAUAACUCUCAAUGCACGGUUCCACCCACUCAGAGUGUGGGACCCCCUAGUGUUUUGUUUGCUUUUUAGCCACAGCCACUUGCUCUCACUCUCUGGAACCACCACCAUCACCAGAAAUGACCCGUCUAGGACCUCCUUUUUUUUAGGGGGGGGGAAGGAGAUACUUCUAAUUCCCAGUUCCAGACAAAAAGGAGAGUGGUCAGAAAUCACAGGCUCUUUAAAAACUUCCACCAUCCAGAGGAGGAAUAACAGGGGGCCCAGGAGGGUAUCAGACCCUCUGAAUGAGACAUGAGUCCACCCUAAAUGAAAAGGUCUCUAAACAAUGCUAAUUUAAUUUGUUUAAAAUUCUAUUUGUACCGCUACAGUGGUAAAUAUUAAAAUAAAAGCUUAUAUCAAAUUAAACGAACACCCCCACCUCUGUGUCACGGUUUAAACAAUUUUUUCCCCAUGUGGCUGCACUUGUCAUCCCGGGACACUCCCAUUUCUCAGCCGCUUUUCAGGUAUCCCAACUAUUCUUCCUACAAAAAUGUUUGUUAGCAAGACGCAUCAAUUCAGGGUACAAGAGUGUAGAGCCAAUAACAAUCGCCGAAUGUCAUUACACUUUUUGAUGUUUUGUAACAGAUGUCUCUUUCCAUUCAUCAAAUGGCAUGAAUGCACAGUGCACUGUUUGGAUGCUGGAAUUAUUUUUGGAGUGGACGAACAUGCGCAGGUAACCUACUUUUUGAAGUGAUUUGUUUAACAAUAAGCAAUAAGCCAAACCCCCAGAGCCAGUGGGCUCCCCCACCUUAGGGGCUGCGGGGCUGUGUGGUACGCCAUUGGUGACAUCUGAUACAGGAGGGCUGGCUGCUGCGCUGGAGCCUGUUGACAUUCUCCACUGUCUGUUUGAACUUAAGGGAAGUGAAAAGAGUUGGGGAAAAUUGACAGGAAAAGAUAGGAGAGGUAGAUGAGAGGAAAGGUAGGUCUAGGUAGAGGAUAGCAGUUGGGUGAAAAAUGAUCAGAAGAUGAAAGGAGAUGUAGCCUACUGUAUAGGGGCAUCAGGAGAGGAGAUGAGACAGGAGGGAGAGAAGUAGUUGACUGUUCGUUGUCUUUCGGGGAAGGAGGGCAGUAGAUAGGUGAUAAGAGAGGAGAGGAGGGGAUAGAAGUUGAGGAAAAACCAUGCAUUUUCAAACUGCCAGGAAACCCUAACGAGGAACCCUGUUUUUCCUGUUCCUAAUUGGCUCCUUUAUUCAUGCAUCUUGGUUGGAAAGCGAGGUAGCAACAGUACACCUUUCCUUUGCCUACACAACAGACUCUCCCAUGAGGUCUAUAGAACCAGGAUAGAAAAAUACAGCCAUAUGUCAUAUGUCCUAACCUCACUUUGCAACUGAUUCAUACAGGGACCUUGAAAAGACCUUGAAUGUGACCUUUUAUUGAAGCUGUGUGACCCAACUACAACAUUUCAACCGACAUGGUCUUCAUCAGGAUACCUUGUCAAUGACUUUCCAGACAUCUCAGUACCAUAGAGCAGUCCUAGAAAGUCUGCAGAAAGUGCACAUGGACUACCCAGACGGAGUAAAUUGCCAAUUGAAAUGGGGUUGGGAUUAGACCCAAAUAGAGCAGAUUAAGAUUACAAUCAGGGUGAUCUCCAGGAAGAUCCACAUUAGAUGCAGGAUUGUGGCAAACCAACCAGUACAUUGCUCAGACUCAGCAACUAAGGAGUUUUUCUUCAUCACGAAAGUUGAAGGAGAGGAAGUGCGACAACAUUUAUAUAUAAUAUAAACAUUAAUGUACAUUAACUUUUCAAUUCACAUUAGCAAUGGAAGGUCAUGUUUACGAAAGAGGGUUCGGCGCUUGGCAAUGGAAAUUUAUUGUAAAUAUCCCAAUAAAAUAUCCCAGUAUAGACACUAGCCAGCAUGCUUCAACUAUGCAAGUGACUUUUCAUCUUAACCAUAUUACACAUUUGUAAAAUGGAACCAAACCACAUUACACUCUUGAAUAAUGCAACAAUUCACAAGCUUGUGCAGACAACAAAGGGUUUCUUUUCUCGUCUGUAGGCUACACUCAUUACAUUUUAGCUUCAAGACAAAAGUACAGAGUUGCUUCAUCAUGUAACAUUAGCCUAUCAAAAAUGAACGAUUAGGCCUACUACCACACUACUACUAUAUAAUAAUACUAGUAGGGGAGAACCGGGACAAAAGAAAGACUUUUAGUUUUUUUCCUAAUUACUCAGAGAUCGAUAGAGCUAGACACACCAUAUUUGAUGACAAACAAGUUAUGUAUGUCCUCUACCAUUAGCAACUGUAAUUUCAUUCCUAAGGUAUUUUAGUUAAAUAGACCGACAGCAGAAUUACCCCAACAUUACUUUUGUACCUGCCGGCGGGGCGGGAGUAACACAGCCUUGGGACAGAAGUAACAGCUGGUGAGAAGUGCACAAAAUCUAUCUGUCUUAUCUCCAUGUUUCUGGUUUGUAAUGCUUGUUGCUUUCAACAAAUGUACUAUCAGACAUCAUUUAAUGUUUGGUCGAUUUGAAUAAUUAAUGCUAUAGGUUCGAAAUGUAUGAAAAUUAACCAUGCGUCAACAUUGCAAUGUUGCAUAACCACAAUAUGCCUUAACCCUCCUAUUAUGUUGUGGGUCAAUUUGACCCGUUUCCACAUUUGCGUUGUCUAAAAUACUAGUUAACCACUCUUUUUCGCCAUGAAAUUACAUGACUUUUCCUCAUUUAGGGUCAUGAACCUAACUGCAAAAUGUGGACACACUGAUGUGUUGUGGAAUGUCUGUGUACAUUUUGUAUACAAACAUGAUGUUGUGGGUCAUUUUGACCCGGAGGCUUUCAUGUGUAUAUAUAUUUGCACAGGUGCAAAACAAAAAAGUGUCUUUGAUUUAUUUUGUUUUGACUGGUCCUGGUUGCACUUUUAGAAUUGUGUUUGGGUUAAAAAGGGCUUUCCCAAGCUUCUCCUCAGUGUGAGAGCAGCAGGUCCCUGACACAGACACUCAAAAAUGAGCUCCAAAAGAUUUUCAAUCAAUGAAGUCUUAUCACAAAUUCUGGACUGUGACAGUGAAAAAGAAGAAGAGGUUUCAGAGACAGAGGAUAUUUCAGAGAUAGAGGACAAUGCUGUUGAUGAUCCAGAUUUUGUCUUCAUUGAAGAGGAUUCAGAGGAGGAGUCUGCCGUACCAUCCCCUACAUCAGAUGAGAGACAGAGCAUGCAACAAGCAUCAUCAAGAGAAGAGAAGACAUGGAAGUCUAAAGAUGGUCAUAUUGAAUGGUCACCGUCACCACAACGAGGUCAAGGUAGACUCUCAGCUUCCAAUGUAAUAAAAAUGGUUCCAGGACCUACACGAUUUGCUGUCACUCGAGUCCAUGACAUACAAUCAGCUUUUGAGCUCUUUUUACCCCAAGCAAUAGAGAAGAUUGUUCUGGACAUGACCAACUUGGAGGGGAGCCGUGUGUUUCAAGAGAACUGGAAGCCACUGGAUCGGAUUGACUUGCAUGCAUACAUUGGAUUGCUCAUAUUAGCUGGAGUCUACCGGUCAAACGGAGAAGCAACGGCCAGCCUGCGGAAUGAAGAGAAUGGAAGGCCAAUAUUUCGGGCAACAAUGUCUCUACAAGAAUUCCACAUAAUUUCUCGGGUGAUUCGCUUUGAUAACCGUGAUACCAGACCGGGUCGACGUGAAAGAGACAAACUAGCUGCAAUCAGAGAUGUAUGGGAUAAAUGGGUGGAAAUUCUACCGUUACUGUACAAUCCCAGUCCUCAUGUUACAGUUGAUGAACGCCUUGUUCCAUUCAGAGGACGUUGUCCCUUCAGACAGUAUAUGCCAAACAAGCCUGCAAAAUGUGGCAUCAAAAUAUGGGCAGCAUGUGAUGCCACAUCAAGCUAUGCAUGGAAUAUGCAAGUUUACACUGGGAAGCCACCCGGCGGAGUGCCUGAGAAAAACCAGGGAUGCGGGUGGUGCUGGACAUGAGUGAAGGGCUGCAAGGUCAUAACAUCAUGUGUGACAACUUCUUCACAUCCUACCCGCCUUGGUGUUGAACUACAGAAGAGAAAGCUGACCAUGGUUGGAACAAUCAGAAAAAACUAACCUGAACUUCCCAGUGAGCUUCUGAAAAUGCAGGGCAGAACUGUGCAUUCCUCUAAAUUUGCUUUCUCUGAAAAUGCAACUGUUGUUUCAUACUGCCCAAAGAAGAACAAGAAUGUUCUUGUAAUGAGCACAAUGCACAAAGAUGCAUCGCUGAGUGCAAGAGAGGACAUCAAGCCACAAAUAAUACUGGACUACAAUUCCACCAAAGGAGGAGUUGACAAUUUGGAUAAAGUCACAGCAACAUAUAGUUGUCAGCGCAUGACUGCCCGCUGGCCUUUGGUGAUUUUCUACAACAUUGUGGAUGUGUCUGCUUACAAUGCCUAUGUCCUGUGGACUGAAAUCAACCAGCAAUGGAAUGGUGGCAAAUUGUACCGACGCCGGCUUUUCCUAGAGGAGCUCGGCAAAGCUCUCAUCACUCCCAAGAUCCAGAGGAGAGUCCGGCCUCCUCGGUCGACAGCAGCUGCAUCUGCCGUCCAGAAAAUUCAAGCUGGACCAUCAACACAUGCCUCCAAUCAACCAGAAAUGGAUCCAGUGGAUACAGGCAGUGGCAAGAAACGGAAAAGAUGCCAGCUCUGCCCCCCUCGACAAGACAGUAAAACAAGCACCACUUGUGUAGAAUGCAAUAAUACAUCUGCAGAAAGCACACACACACAUUGUGUUCAACAUGUAGAGAGAAAGACUGAAGGGAUAAUAUGGACCAAUAGGGGGGGAAAAAACCUACUUGGGGAAACUGAAAAAUCUUGUUUGUGAGAAAGGAAAUAUGUUUAACAAAUAGUUCUUAAAUAUUGUUUAAAAAAAAUAAAAAGUUUUGUAUUUCUUCUUUCUGAAAUGUCUGAUAAGACAAAAUAAAGUUGUUUCUGUUUUUACUUAAUUCUUUGACUGUCUUGAGUGUGUUUAAACUGUGCGGGUCAAUUUGACCCGUAACAUAAUGGAUGUCAUUUUUUUCCAGCAAAGCACAAGGGUUAAAAUAUUAAUCGGACUAAAAUGGAUCACAUACAGUGAGGGAAAAAAGUAUUUGAUCCCCUGCUGAUUUUGUACGUUUGCCCACUGACAAAUAAAUUAUCAGUCAAUAAUUUUAAUGGUAGGUUUAUUUGAACAGUGAGACAGAAUAACAACAAAAUAUCCAGAAAAACGCAUGUCAAAAAUGUUAUAAAUUGAUUUGCAUUUUAAUGAGGGAAAUAAGUAUUUGUCCCCCUCUCAAUCAGAAAGAUUUCUGGCUCCCAGGUGUCUUUUAUACAGGUAACGAGCUGAGAUUAGGAGCACUCGAGUGUGCUCCUAAUCUCAGCUCGUUACCUGUAUAAAAUACACCUGUCCACAGAAGCAAUUAAUCAAUCAGAUUCCAAACUCUCCACCAUAGCCAAGACCAAAGAGCUCUCCGAGGAUGUCAGGGACAAGAUUGUAGACCUACACAAGGCUGGAAUGGGCUACAAGACCAUCGCCAAGCAGCUUGGUGUGAAGGUGACAACAGUUGGUGCGAUUAUUUGCAAAUGGAAGAAACACAAAAGAACUGUCAAUCUCCCUCGGCCUGGGGCUACAUGCAAGAUCUCACCUCGUGGAGUUGCAAUGAUCAAUCAAUCAAUUUUAUUUUAUAUAGCCCUUCUUACAUCAGCUAAUAUCUCGAAGUGCUGUACAGAAACCCAGCCUAAAACCCCAAACAGCUAGUAAUGCAGUGUAGAAGCACGGUGGCUAGGAAAAACUCCCUAGAAAGGCCAAAACCUAGGAAGAAACUAGAAGGGAAACCCGGCAUGAGGGGGGGCCAGUUCUUCUGGCGUGCCCGGGUGGAGAUUUUAAAAGAACCCUGCCAAGAUGUUAAAAAAGUUCUAAGUACAAGCGGGGAAAUAAAAAUCAGGAAUAAAAUCCAGUUGGCUUUCAUAGCCCCAUCAUUAAAAAUUGAAAACAGCAGGGCUGGGAAAAGGGGGGGUUCCCCAACCCAGGCAGAACAGUUGAAAAUGGAAAAGCAGAAGGCCGGCGGGCUGGGGACGCAAGGAGUCACCACGGCCGGUAGACCCCACGUUUUGGGCCUAGGGCUCAGGGGCUCCAGUUUGGGUUUUCAUAGCCCCAAAUUUAAAAGUUGAAAACGCGGUUGGGGGCAGGUCAGUACCAUGCGAGUCCUAGAAAGUCUGCAGAAAGUGCACUGGAUCCCCAGACGGGUGGUAAAUUGCCAAUUGAAAAUGGGGUUGGGAUUAGACCAAAUGAGAGCAGUUAAGAUUACAUCAGGGUGAUCUCCAGGAAAAUCUCACAUUAGAUGCAGGAUUGUGGCCAAACCAACCAGUACAUUUGCUCAGGACUCAGAAACCUAAAGGAGUUUUUCUUCAUCCACGACAAGUUGAAGGAGAGGCAAGUGCGACAACAUUCUAUCUAUAAUAUAAAACCAUUAAUGUACAUUCACUUUUCAAUUACACAUUAGGCAAUGGAAGGUCUGUUUACGAAGAGGGUUCGGCGCUUGGCAAUGGAAAUUAUUGUAAAUAUCCCAAUUAAAUAUCCCAGUAUCAGACCACUAGGCCAGCAUGCUUCAAACUAUGCAAGUGACUUUUCAUCUUAACCUAUUACACAUUUUCCCCCUCCAAAAGGAACCAAACACAUUACCACUCUUGAAUAAUUGCCAACAAUUUCACAAGCUUGUGGCAGACAACAAAGGGUUUCUUUUCUCCGUCGUAGGCUACACUCAUUACAUUUUAGCUUCAAGACAAAAGUACAGAGUUGCUUCAUCAUGUAACAUUAGCCUAUCAAAAAUGAACGAUUAGGCCUACUACCACACCACUACUACUAUAUAAUAUACUAGUAGGGGGAGAACCGGGACAAAAGAAAGACUUUUAGUUUUUUUUCCUAAUUACUCAGAGAUCGAUAGAGCUAGACACACCAUAUUUGAUGACAAACAAGUUAUGUAGUCCUCUACCAUUAGCAACUGUAAUUUCAUCCUAAGGUAUUUUAGUUAAAUAGACCGACAGCAGAAUUACCCCAACAUUACUUUUGUACCUGCCGGCGGGGCGGGAGUAACACAGCCUUGGGACAGACAGUAACAGCUGGUGAGAAGUGCACAAAAUCUAUCUGUCUUAUCUCCAUGUUUCUGGUUUGUAAUGCUUGUUGCUUUCAACAAAUGUACUAUCAGACAUCAUUUAAUGUUUGGUCGAUUUGAAUAAUUAAUGCUAUAGGUUCGAAAUGUAUGAAAAUUAACCAUGCGUCAACAUUGCAAUGUUGCAUAACCACAAUAUGCCUUAAAAUAUUAAUCGGACUAAAAUGGAUCACAUACAGUGAGGGAAAAAAGUAUUUGAUCCCCUGCUGAUUUUGUACGUUUGCCCACUGACAAAUAAAUUAUCAGUCAAUAAUUUUAAUGGUAGGUUUAUUUGAACAGUGAGACAGAAUAACAACAAAAUAUCCAGAAAAACGCAUGUCAAAAAUGUUAUAAAUUGAUUUGCAUUUUAAUGAGGGAAAUAAGUAUUUGUCCCCCUCUCAAUCAGAAAGAUUUCUGGCUCCCAGGUGUCUUUUAUACAGGUAACGAGCUGAGAUUAGGAGCACUCGAGUGUGCUCCUAAUCUCAGCUCGUUACCUGUAUAAAAUACACCUGUCCACAGAAGCAAUUAAUCAAUCAGAUUCCAAACUCUCCACCAUAGCCAAGACCAAAGAGCUCUCCGAGGAUGUCAGGGACAAGAUUGUAGACCUACACAAGGCUGGAAUGGGCUACAAGACCAUCGCCAAGCAGCUUGGUGUGAAGGUGACAACAGUUGGUGCGAUUAUUUGCAAAUGGAAGAAACACAAAAGAACUGUCAAUCUCCCUCGGCCUGGGGCUACAUGCAAGAUCUCACCUCGUGGAGUUGCAAUGAUCAAUCAAUCAAUUUUAUUUUAUAUAGCCCUUCUUACAUCAGCUAAUAUCUCGAAGUGCUGUACAGAAACCCAGCCUAAAACCCCAAACAGCUAGUAAUGCAGGUGUAGAAGCACGGUGGCUAGGAAAAACUCCCUAGAAAGGCCAAAACCUAGGAAGAAACCUAGAGAGGAACCAGGCUAUGAGGGGUGGCCAGUCCUCUUCUGGCUGUGCCGGGUGGAGAUUAUAACAGAACCAUGCCAAGAUGUUCAAAAAUGUUCAUAAGUGACAAGCAUGGUCAAAUAAUAAUCAGGAAUAAAUCUCAGUUGGCUUUUCAUAGCCGAUCAUUAAGAGUUGAAAACAGCAGGUCUGGGACAGGUAGGGGUUCCAUAACCGCAGGCAGAACAGUUGAAACUGGAAUAGCAGCAAGGCCAGGCGGACUGGGGACAGCAAGGAGUCACCACGGCCGGUAGACCCGACGUAUGGUCCUAGGGCUCAGGUCUCUCAGUUGGCUUUUCAUAGCCGAUCAUUAAGAGUUGAAAACAGCAGGUCUGGGACAGGUAGGGGUUUCAUAACCGCAGGCAGAACAGUUGAAACUGGAAUAGCAGCAAGGCCAGGCGGACUGGGGACAGCAAGGUGUCAUCAUGCCCGGUAGUCCUGACGUAUGGUCUAGGGACUCAGGUUCUCAGAGAGAAAGAUGGAGAACGAGAGAAUUAGAGAGAGCAUACUUAAAUUCAACACAGGACACUGGAUAAGACAGGAGAAGUACUCCAGGUAUAACCAACUAACCCCAGCCCCCCGACACAUAAACUACUGCAGCAUAAAUACUGGAGGCUGAGACAGGAGCGGUCCGGAGACACUGUGGCCCCAUCCGAAGAAACCCCCGGACAGGGCCAAACAGGAAGGAUAUAACCCCACCCACUCUGCCAAAGCACAGCCCCCGCACCACUAGAGGGAUAUCCUCAACCACCAACUUACAAUCCUGAGACAAGGCCGAGUAUAGCCCACAGAGGUCUCCACCACAGCACAAACCAAGGGGGGGCGCCAACCCAGACAGGAAGAUCACGUCAGUAACUCAACCCACUCAAGUGACGCACCCCUCCUAGGGAUGGCAUGAAAGAGCACCAGCAAGCCAGUGACUCAGCCCCUGUAACAGGGUUAGAGGCAGAGAACCCCAGUGGAGAGAGGGGAACCGGCCUGGCAGAGACAGCAAGGGCUGUUCGUUGCUCCAGAGCCUUUCCGUUCACCUUCACACUCCUGGGCCAGACUACACUCAAUCAUAUGACCUACUGAAGAGAUAAGUCUUCAGUAAAGACUUAAAGGUUGAGACCGAGUCUGUGUCUCUCACAUGGGUAGGCAGACUGUUCCAUAAAAAUGGAGAUCUAUAGGAGAAAGCCCUGCCUCCCGCUGUUUGCUUAGAAAUUCUAGGGACAAUUAGGAGGCCUGCGUCUUGUGACCGUAGCGUACGUAUUGGUAUGUACGGCAGGACCAACUCGGAAAGAUAGGUAGGAGCAAGCCCAUGUAACGCUUUAUAGGUUAACAGUAAAACCUUGAAAUCAGCCCUUGCCUUAACAGGAAGCCAGUGUAGGGAAGCUAGCACUGGAGUAAUAUGAUCAAAUUUCUUGGUUCUAGUCAGGAUUCUAGCAGCCGUAUUUAGCACUAACUGAAGUUUAUUUAGUGCUUUAUCCGGGUAGCCGGAAAGUAGAGCAUUGCAGUAGUCUAACCUAGAAGUAACAAAUGCAUGGAUUAAUUUUUCUGCAUCAUUUUUGGACAGAAAAUUUCUGAUUUUUGCAAUGUUACGUAGAUGGAAAAAAGCUGUCCUUGAAACAGUCUUGAUAUGUUCGUCAAAAGAGAGAUCAGGGUCAAGAGUAACGCCGAGGUCCUUCACAGUUUUAUUUGAGACGACUUUACAACCAUCAAGAUGAAUUGUCAGAUUUAACAGAAGAUCUCUUUGUUUCUUGGGACCUAGAACAAGCAUCUCUGUUUUGUCCGAGUUUAAAAGUAGAAAGUUUUCAGCCAUCCACUUCCUUAUGUCUGAAACACAGGCUUCUAGCGAGGGCAAUUUUGGGGCUUCACCAUGUUUCAUUGAAAUGUACAGCUGUGUGUCAUCCGCAUAGCAGUGAAAGUUAACAUUAUGUUUUCGAAUAACAUCCCCAAGAGGUAAAAUAUAUAGUGAAAACAAUAGUGGUCCUAAAACGGAACCUUGAGGAACACCGAAAUGUACAGUUGAUUUGUCGGAGGACAGACCAUUCACAGAGACAAACUGAUAUCUUUCCGACAGGUAAGAUCUAAACCAGGCCAGAACUUGUCCGUGUAGACCAAUUUGGGUUUCCAGUCUCUCCAAAAGAAUGUGGUGAUCGAUGGUGUCAAAGGCAGCACUAAGGUCUAGUAGCAUGAGGACAGAUGCAGAGCCUCGGUCUGAUGCCAUUAAAAGGUCAUUUACCACCUUCACAAGUGCAGUCUCAGUGCUAUGAUGGGGUCUAAAACCAGACUGAAGCAUUUCGUAUACAUUGUUUGUCUUCAGAAAGGCAGUGAGUUGCUGCGCAACAGCUUUUUCUAAAAUUUUUGAGAGGAAUGGAAGAUUCGAUAUAGGCCGAUAGUUUUUUAUAUUUUCCGGGUCAAGGUUUGGCUUUUUCAAGAGAGGCUUUAUCACUGCCACUUUUAGUGAGUUUGGUACACAUCCGGUGGAUAGAGAGCUGUUUAUUAUGUUCAACAUAGGAGGGCCAAGCACAGGAAGCAGCUCCUUCAGCAGUUUAGUAGGAAUAGGAUCCAGUAUGCAGCUUGAAGGUUUAGAGGCCAUGAUUAUUUUCAUCAUUGUGUCAAGAGAUAUAGUACUAAAACACUUAAGUGUCUCUCCCGAUCCCAGGCCCUCGCAGAGCUGUGCAGAUCCAGGACAGCUAAGCCCUGGAGGAAUACGCAGAUUCAAAGAGGAGUCCGUAAUUUGCUUUCUAAUGGUCAUGAUCUUUUCCUCAAAGAAGUUCAUGAAUUUAUUACUGCUGAAGUGAAAGCCAUCCUCUCUUGGGGAAUGCUGCUUUUUAGUUAGCUUUGCAACAGUAUCAAAAAUAAAUUUUGGAUUGUUCUUAUUUUCCUCGAUUAAGUUGGAAAAGUAGGAUGAUCGAGCAGCAGUGAGGGCUCUUCGGUACUGCACGGUACUGUCUUUCCAAGCUAGUCGGAAGACUUCCAGUUUGGUGUGGCGCCAUUUCCGUUCCAAUUUCCUGGAAGCUUGCUUCAAAGCUCGGGUAUUUUCUGUAUACCAGGGAGCUAGUUUCUUAUGACAAAUGUUUUUCGUUUUUAGGGGUGCAACUGCAUCUAGGGUAUUGCGCAAGGUUAAAUUGAGUUCCUCAGUUAAGUGGUUAACUGAUUUUUGUCCUCUGACGUCCUUGGGUAGGCAGAAGGAGUCUGGAAGGGCAUCAAGGAAUUUUUGUGUUGUCUGAGAAUUUAUAGCACGACUUUUGAUGCUCCUUGGUUGGGGUCUGAGCAGAUUAUUUGUUGCGAUUGCAAACGUAAUAAAAUGGUGGUCCGAUAGUCCAGGAUUUUGUGGAAAAACAUUAAGAUCUACAACAUUUAUUCCAUGGGACAAAACUAGGUCCAGAGUAUGACUGUGGCAGUGAGUAGGUCCAGAGACAUGUUGGACAAAACCCACUGAGUCGAUGAUGGCUCCGAAAGACUUUUGGAGUGGGUCUGUGGACUUCUCCAUGUGAAUAUUAAAAUCACCAAAAAUUAGAAUAUGAUCUGCUAUGACUACAAGGUCUGAUAGGAAUUCAGGAAACUCAGAGAGGAACGCUGUAUAUGGCCCAGGAGGCCUGUAAACAGUAGCUAUAAAAAGUGAUUGAGUAGGCUGCAUAGAUUUCAUGACUAGAAGCUCAAAAGAUGAAAACGCCAUUUUUUUUUUUGUAAAUUGAAAUUUGCUAUCGUAAAUGUUAGCAACACCUCCGCCUUUGCGGGAUGCACGGGGAAUAUGGUCACUAGUGUAACCAGGAGGUGAGGCCUCAUUUAACACAGCAAAUUCAUCAGGCUUAAGCCAUGUUUCAGUCAGGCCAAUCACAUCAAGAUUAUGAUCAGUGAUUAGUUCAUUGACUAUGACUGCCUUUGAAGUGAGGGAUCUAACAUUAAGUAACCCUAUUUUGAGAUGUGAGGUAUCACGAUCUCUUUCAAUAAUGGCAGGAAUGGAGGAGGUCUUUAUCCUAAUAAGAUUGCUAGGGUGAACACCGCCAUGUUUAGUUUUGCCCAACCUAGGUCGAGGCACAGACACAGUCUCAAUGGGUAUGGCUGAGCUGACUACACUGACUGUGCUAUUGGCAGACUCCACUAAGCUGGCAGGUUGGCUAACAGCCUGCUGCCUGGCCUGCACCCUAUUUCACUGUGGGGCUAGAGGAGUUAGAGCCCUAUCUAUGUUGGUAGAUAAGAGGAGAGCACCCCUCCAGCUAGGAUGGAGUCCGUCACUCCUCAGCAGGUCAGGCUUGAUCCUGUUUGUGGGUGAGUCCCAGAAAGAGGGCCAAUUAUCCACAAAUUCUAUCUUUUGGGAGGGGCAGAAAACAGUUUUCAACCAGCGAUUGAGUGCUGAGACUCUGCUGUAGAGCUCGUCACUUCCCCUAACUGGGAGGGGGCCAGAGACAAUUACUCGAUGCCGACACAUCUUUCUAGCUGAUUUACACGCUGAAGCUAUGUUGCACUUGGUGACCUCUGACUGUCUCAUCCUAACAUCGUUGGUGCCGACGUGGAUAACAAUAUCUCUAUACUCUCUACACUCGCCAGUUUUAGCUUUAGCCAGCACCAUCUUUAGAUUAGCCUUAACGUCGGUAGCCCUGCCCCCUGGUAAACAGUGUAUGAUCGCUGGGUGAUUCGUUUUAAGUCUAAUACUGCGGGUAAUGGAGUCGCCAAUGACUAGGGUUUUCAAUUUGUCAGAGCUAAUGGUGGGAGCCUUCGGCGUCUCAGACCCCGUAACGGGAGGAGUAGAGACAAGAGAAGACUCAGACUCAGACUCCGACUCGCUACAUAAUGGGGAAAACCGGUUGAAAGUUUCUGUCGGCUGAAUGAGCGACGCCGGUUGAGCAUUCCAACAGUAUUUCCCUCCAGAAGCCAUGAGAAAGUUGUCCGGCUGCGGGGACUGUGCGGGGGGAUUUAUACUAACGUUACUAUCUGUACUUACUGGUGGCACAGACGCUGUUUCUUCCUUUCCUACACUGAGAUUACCCUUGCCUAACGAUUGCGUCUGAAGCUGGGCUUGUAGCACAGCUAUUUUCGCCGUAAGGCGAUCGUUCUCCUGUAUAUUAUGAGUACAGCGACUGCAAUUAGAAGACAUCAUGUUAAUGUUACUACUUAGCUUCGGCUGUUGAAGAUGUUGACGAACCAUGUCCAGAUAAAGCGUACGGAGUGAAAAAGUUGAAUAAGGGAAAAAAGUUGCGAUGGAAAAAAGGAAAAUAAAGUAAGGUUGGCAGCAAAAACGCACAGGAAAAUGACUCUUCUGUAUCGGGAUAAAACGUCCGGGGUGAAAAAGUUUAACGAAAAAAGAUGAGUGAGGACAAAACUAAAAAGUUGGUAAAUUUGUUGAACACAGAGAUUGAUUAAACGUUUAUUAAAAGUAAAACGUGAAUAGUUUGGCAGGUAGCCAAGUAGCAACAAACAGCACAGCAGCACGGAGACAAUGCGGAAGCGAUCAUCAGAACGGUGAGGAAUCAGCCCAGAACUACACGGGAGGAUAUUGUCAAUGAUCUCAAGGCAGCUGGGACCAAUGUCACCAAGAAAACAAUUGGUAACACACUACGCCGUGAAGGAUUGAAAUCCUGAAGCGCCCCUGCUCAAGAAAGCACAUAUACAUGCCCGUCUGAAGUUUGCCAAUUAACUUCUGAAUGAUUCAGAGGAGAACUGGGUGAAAGUGUUGUGGUCAGAUGAGACCAAAAUGGAGCUCUUUGGCAUGGAUUGCUGCCUAUGACCCCAAGAACACCAUCCCCACCGUCAAACAUGGAGGUGGAAACAUUAUGCUUUGGGGGUGUUUUUCUGCUAAGGGGACAGGACAACUUCACCACAUCAAAGGGACGAUGGACGGGGCCAUGUACCAUCAAAUCUUGGGUGAGAACCUCCUUCCCUCAGCCAGGGCAUUGAAAAUGGGUCGUGGAUGGGUAUUCCAGCAUGACAAUGACCCAAAACACACGGCCAAGGCAACAAAGGAGUGGCUCAAGAAGAAGCACAUUAAGGUCCUGGAGUGGCCUAGCCAGUCUCCAGACCUUAAUCCCAUUGAAAAUCUGUGGAGGGAGCUGAAGUUUCGAGUUGCCAAACGUCAGCCUCGAAACCUUAAUGACUUGGAGAAGAUCUGCAAAGAGGAGUUUGACAAAAUCCCUGCUAAGAUUUGUGCAAACCUGGUGGCCAACUACAAGAAACGUCUGACCUCUGUGAUUGCCAACAAGGGUUUUGCCACCAAGUACUAAGUCAUGUUUUGCAGAGGGGUCAAAUACUUAUUUCCCUCAUUAAAAUGCAAAUCAAUUCAUAACAUUUUUGACAUGCGUUUUUCUGGAUUUUUUUGUUGUUAUUCUGUCUCUCACUGUUCAAAUAAACCUACCAUUAAAAUUAUAGACUGAUCAUUUCUUUGUCAGUGGGCAAACGUACAAAAUCAGUUGGGGAUCAAAUACUUUUUUCCCUCACUGUAAUAGCUAUAUUAACCAUAUUUUUUUUAUUUGUACUUUUACCCCUUUUUUGUCAUAUCCAAUUGGUAGUUACAGUCUUGUCCCAUCGCUGCAACUCACCUACAAACUCGGGAGAGGCGAAGGUCGAGAGCCAUGCGUCCUCCAAAACACGACCCUGCCAAGCUGCACUGCUUGUUGACACACUGCUCGCUUAACCCGGAAGCCAGCCGCACCAAUGUGUUGGAGGAAACACUGUCCAGGUCGUCUGGGUUUGGCUGGUGUAGGCUGUCAUUGUAAAUAAGAAUUUGUUCUUAACUGACUUGCCUAGUUAAAUAAAGAAAAAAAAAACAUACAGGCAGUCAAAAUAGUGAUUAUUUUCUCAUUAUCAUUGCAAACAUUGGCUAGUUAUUUUUUCAGCAAUUCUCGCUACGUUAUGGCAGCAUAACUAUGAAGUUUAUCAUCACAAAUAGCAGUCUAAAGCAGUAGUUGACAAACAAGGUAAGGAAUAAUAGCACACUGGCGAUCCAAAACGAACUCGCUCAUUAUCAGACUAUGGUUACCGGUCCGGAUACACUUGCUCGGACUGCCUAGAACACUAGGUUACCUACUCGUGUGGUACUUCAAUGAUCAUUGAGAAGCCAAGUAGCAGUUAGGUUAAAACACAGAGUGGGGAGUUACAUACGUUUUUCAGGAACUACUACUGUACUUCUCCUGUAUUUUCUCCCGCUACGAUAUGGCAGCAACUAUAAAGAUUAGCCUACAUCGUCACACAAAACGCUGAUUGUUUUUUCUCCAAUGCAAUGUGUAGGGUCUGCGUCCUGCUCCUGCAACUGCAAUAUCCUUUACAACAGACAGAGAAGAUUCUAUAACCUUCAAUAAAAAAAUGUGGGAAUGUUUGUUCAAAUCACCACAGGGUUUUUUAUUUCAGCUGUUCAGAAAUAUGAGGGAGAGUUAGGCUACAUCAUCAUGGUUCAGAAGAGGGUGAGUAAAGAGAGAAACGUAAAAGGGAGGGGGAGCGUGAGCAGCAGCUAUGUAAUGUGCAUAAAAUAACACAUGCGCAGAACGUGAUCCGGUUCCUUAGCUUUGAGAAAGAUGUUUCCGGAGGGGCGGGGGAGAAAACUCCAUAUUCGCAGCCAUAGCCACUGGAAUUAAUCAAUCAACACAAUUACUUUUUAAUUACAGAUGCAAAGGCCUACACGAUGCAACCCUUCAUAAGCAAGUUCAGCCAUGUUAUUAGUUCUAUUGUCUAAUCGCAGUUGUCUCUUUAUCUGUGUAAAGGACCCCCCCUGUUAGUUUAAAUAUAAUUAAUAUGAGCAAGUACAAGGUUGCUGCAGUUUGACAAGGUUUUAAUGUUUUCAUCCUCCGUAGGGCCAUGUGUUUCCCCCCCCCAAAAAAGAAAAAACAUAUGACCUGAUUAGAAAAAAAUUGCCCGGUUAUAACACUUUAUUUUAAUUUUCAUUGAUUCAUUACUAUGUCAUACCCUACAACUAGGGUCAGGAGUUGAUUAGGUUAGCCUACCAGAUAAGGAACAAUAUUUACCCUGCACCACUCUGGGACCUGUGGUGCCAUGUUAAAAAUGAAAAAACAUUUUUGUAUGAUUUACUAUCGACAUUGUACAUUCAUUUUAGUGGUAGGGAUGAGCUAGUUUUACGACGCUCAGUGCAGCCAGCAAUUCCAGAAUGUAACAGACUGUUACUGCAAUUUUAGUCUGAAAUAUUAGGAAAAUGUCUAUACAUUUCAGCUGUUUCAAAAUCAUUGCUCUGCUAUUACCAUUUAUACUGUUUGGUGCAUACACAUUCAAAAACAAAAUAAAAUUAGGUAUAUUUCAGCCAAUCUGUGCACUACACUUGCUGUGUGUGUGUGUGUGUGUGUGUGUGUGUGUGUGUGUGUGUGUGUGUGUGUGUGUGUGUUUGUGUGUGUGUGAAACAUGACUGGUGUAUGAGCAUGUGUAUUUCAAGGCUGUGUAUUUGUGUACAUGCUUAUGUGGAGGUAGAGCGUGUGCAUGCAUAGUACUUGUGAGUAUACUGUACCUGUGUGCAUACGUAAGUGUGGGUAUAUGCGGGCAUUCUUAUGUAACAUGUACUGUACGUAGUGCAGUGCCUUCAGAAAGUUUUCACACCCCUUGACCUUUUCCACACUUUGUUGUGUUACAAAGUCAUAUUACAAUUGAUUUAAUUGUACGUUUUUGUCAAUGAUCUACACACAUUUCUCUGUAAUGUCAAAGUGGAAUUUAUGGAAAAUAAAACACUAAUAUAUCUUGAUUAGAUAAAUAUUCAACCCCCUGAGUCAAUACAUGUUAGAAUCACCUUUGGCAGUGAUUACAGCUGUGAGUAUUUCUGGGUAAGGAUCUAAGAGCAUUGCACACCUGGAUUGUACAAUAUUUGCCCAAUUCUUCAAUCGAUCCCCACCAUCUCGAAAAAGCCAGUGAAGAGCCUUGGCAAGGUGUUUAACAGCAGCCAGAAGGACACAACAUCAAUCCAAGCCACCUGUCAGGAGCUGGAGAGCUGGCUGAGAGCGGUUAACCCGUCAGGACUGCCCGGCAAGUUCAAGGCGUGGAUGUAUCAGCAUGGCAUCUUCCUGAGGAUACUCUGGCCUCUGCUCAACUAUGAAGUCCACAUCUCCACUGUCGAGAACUUGGAGAGGAAGGUCAGCAGCCAUCUCCGAAGGUGACUGGGGUUGCCCAGGAGCCUGAGCAGCAUCGCCCUCUAUGGUAACAGCAACAAGCUGAGGCUGCCCCUGAAGUCCCUGGAAGAGGAGUUCAAGGUCACUUGGGUGAGGGAAGUGAUGCAAAACAGGGAGUCGAGCGUCCCAAAAGUGGGGAUAGUGGUCAAGACCGGGAGCUAAUGGAGAACAGAGGAGGCCGUGCUGCAGGCUGAGUCUCGGCUGCGCCACAGUGUCCUGGUGGGAGCAGUGACCCGGGGAAGAGCUGGUCUGGUAAAGGCUAGGUGCAUGCCUAUCGAGGUAGGCUGCAGGGGUUUUGCUGGGCAAUCCCUUUACAGAGCCUACUGUACAGCACACUCGGCAUCAAUGGAGCGAAGCAGAGGUGAGCCAUCAGCAAUACCAUUGAAUCAGCUGAAAAAGCCUCAAGAUGGCUCUGGAUCAAGAGAGGUGAUCCAUGGGGAGCAGCAUAAUGCAACCUGGACACAAGUUGGGGUCUGAUCAACCUCGGCUGGGUCACCUGGGUGAGGGUGUCUGAUGUUGUAAGACCUGAAACACCCUAUGACCCUAGGUUACAUCACUGAUGAUGUGUCCAGGAGCAUCAAGAGAUUCAAUCAAGAUCUGUCAAGUUUGUUGUUGAUUAUUGCUAGACAGCCAUUUUCAAGUCUUGCCAUAGAUGUUCAAGCAGAUUUAAGUCAAAACUGUAACUAGGCCACUCAGGAACAUUCAAUGCCCUCUUGGUAAGAAACUCCAGUGUAUAUUUGGUCUUGUGUUUUAGGUAAUUGUCCUGCUGAAAGGUGAAUUAGUCUCCCAGUGUCUGUUGGAAAGCAGACUGAUCCAAGUUUUCCUCUAGGAUUUUGCCUGUGCUUAGCUCUAUUCAGUUUCUUUUAGCUCUAUUCAGUUUCUUUGAAUCCUAAAAAGCUCCCUAGUUCUUGCCAAUAACAAGCAUACCUAUAACAUGAUGCAGCCACCACCAUGCUUGAAAAUAUGAAGAGUUGUGACGAGUACUGAGGAUACGAAGAGGCAGGACGCAGACGCAGGAAUCAACAAGGUAAAGGUUUACUUAACAAUGACAAAGAGAAUAACAAAGAGCGAGUAAACGACACGACGCUAACAAUUAUACACAACAAUGACUGAACAGUCCAGAGGUAUAUAGUGGUGGUGAUGAGAUCAUGAGGUGCAGGUGCGCUGGAGGGGAUUUGGGUGCGUUGGGUUUCCAUUCCUGUGUUGCCGAGGUGGUGCACUCAGACCGGUGGCUCAGUAGACCGGCGAAUCAGAGUGCCGGAGGGGAGCAACGGGAGGAGACGUGACAAGAGUGGUACUCAGUGAUGUGUUGUGUUGGAUUCGCCCCAAACAUAAUGCUUUGUAUUCAGGACAUAAAGUUAAUUUCUUUGCCAUUUUUUUUGCAGUUUUACUUUAGUGCCUUAUUGUGAACAGGAUGCAUGUUUUGGAAUAUUUUUAUUCUGUACAGGCUUCCUUCGUUUCACUCUGUUAUUUAUGCUAGUAUUGUGGAGUAACUACAAUGUUAUUGAUCCAUCCUCAGUUAUCUCCUAUCACAGCCAUUAAACUCUGUAAUUGUUUUAAAAUCACCAAUAGCCUCAUAGUGAAAUCCCUGAGUGGUUUCUUUCCUCUCCGGCAACCGAGUUAGUAGUGGUGACUGGGUGUAUUGAUACACCAUCCAAAGUGUAAUUCAUUACUGCACCAUACUCAAAGGGAUAUACAAUGUCUGCUUUUUCUUUACCCAUCUACCAAUAGGUGCCCUUCUUUGCGAACCAUCGGAAAACCUCCCUGGUCUUUGUGGUUGAAUCUGUGCUUGAAAUGCACUGCUCGACUGAGGGACCAUGCAGAUAAUUGUAAGUGUGGGGUACAGAGAUGGGGUAGUCAUUUAAAAGUCCAUGCAAUUUAUGUGACUUGUUAAGCACAUUUGUACUCCUGAACGUAUUUAGGCUUGUGAAAACAAAAGGGUUGAAUACUUAUUGACUCAAGACAUUUCAGGUUUUCAUUUUUAAUUAAUUUGUAAACAUUCCUAAAAACAUAAUUCCACUUUGACAGUAUGGGGUAUUGUGUUUAUAUCAGUGACACAAAAUCUCAAUUUAACCUUCAUUUCAAACUGUAACACAACAAAAUGUGGAAAAAGUAAAGGGAAGUUAAUACUUUCUGAAGGCACUGUAUAUAGUAUGUGUGUGUGUCAACAUACGUUUGUGUGUGUGUGUGUGUGUGUAAGUGAGAACAGGCAAAGAGCCUCUUGGUGGUAAUCUGAGCAAGUAUCCUGCUAUCAGUUGUUUAGAGGACCAAUGGUAUUGGCUGGCUGGGAGAGAUUAAGACCAGAGAAAGGCUAUCGAGGUCAGGUCCAACCUGCCUCUAAGGAGAGUGGAAGAUGGUUGCAUGGAAAAAAGGGUGAAAUUAGAAAAAUUGUGUAAGUCAGGGUUGUCCACUCAGUCCGUUCACAUUUCAUUAGAAUUUCUUUCAGCAUUUUAGAAAAUAAUUUCAUUCAGAACAGCCUAUGUCACGGUAUAGCUCUACUGAUCUCUGGGAUCAUUUCCGGUUCACUACAGGCUAAACUGAGUUAACUAGGAGAGAAGAACACUGUUAUAUCUUAUCACAAUCUUCCAUUAUACAGCUGUAAUUACCCCGUAUUUAGUGUGACUAUCAUCAUUAUCAUAAUUAGUGCUUUGAGCAUAAUGCAUGAAAAUGUUUGUUUGUUUUGGUUCUAAACUUUUGAAAUGCAAAAAAAUGACCUAAAUGUAGCUAGUUUCGCUCAUGGGCAUAGUGGUGUGAAAUGUUCUGUGCAAUGAGGUCCAAAUUCUAGGACCCUUUUUUCUUUACCACAGUACUUUUCACCUCAACAGGUGGACUUAGUUCAUACUACGGACUUAGUUUAUACUACUCUGCCUGCUCUUGAAAAGGUUUUGCCAUGCAGGAGGCUAAAACCCGGCAGAAGCCGAACUGUAAUCCUCUGAGUUCCUACAAACACACAGAAAGCCCCAUGCAGGAAAGGCUCAAAGGGAGGCAAGGACCCGUUAAAACCAAAAUUAGAUGCGACAACCUGCCUUCUGAGUGGGCCCCAGCGUGAGGUGAGAGUGAGUUGAAACAGCUUUGCUUUUCUCUCCAUCUUUCUUACCCCACUACCGCCCCAACCCCCACCACUGCUGCUACCACUCCAUCCCAGCAUCCCUUACGCUGACAGGAGAGUUGGAGGAGGAGGUUGUCAGGAGAGGUCGCUGUCCCUCCCAAAGGCCCCUGCAUAACUUUUGGUGCUGCCAUGGCAACCCCAAUCUGCUGGACACUUUUCGGGGGAGUUUUGGUGGAAGUCAUGUGUUUACCAGUCCCUUUCCCGGACUCGGGGGUAGGGUGCAUGCACAUAUGCACGCGCAAGAAAGGAAUUCCUAAAUGCUUUCUGGUAUCCAAGGGUUGCCGGUGGCAGGUGUGUAAAUGUGUAUGAAUGAGUAUGUGUGUGUGUGGCUGCUCUAGACGGUAGAAUGAAUGAAAAACACAAUAGCCUGCAGAGACCCCAGGAAGCACCCUGCGGAUUCUCUUUGAGUCUCGUUAGAACCUUUUGGACGCUGCGUUCAGCACACUGACUGCACAUGGUGAGCUUGCUUGCUGCUGAGCUAUUUACUUUUGUAGAUGUCUUCAUGCUACAGAUCUAGCCGUAAGCUCUGGCUGUUGUGACAGAGCAUUCAGCUUGCUGACAAGCUGAUCAAGGGAUUUCUCUUGGCCUGAAAGUAACACCGACUUUGAUAAGAUGGUCUCACAAUAAGAGACUUUAUCAUGAGGUUCCAUUGUCAAAUGGAGGUUUGUAUUUCAGAAAACAUACUACGAAUAACCUAGUCCCAAGCAUAGCCCCCAUGUUAUGGUGUAUAAAUUCGGGAUUCCCACACUGCUAGGUUGGGGGACAGAACCAUGCUCGGCCGAUAACUUGCAAUAAUCGCAGGACUUAACAAGGAUUUGUAACAAAGACAUCCUCCCCCAAUCACAGACAGAACACUCUUUCCAAAGUGAAUAUAUCACCACCCUGAAUGUUUUCCAAACAGCCUGUAGUUGUCACGUCAGUCCAUGCCAAACAAGCUCUGUAGUAUCAGGGCUAACUGAUAUACUUUUUCCGCAUUUUGUUACGUUACAGCCUUAUUCUAAAAUGUAUUUUUAAAAAAAUUUCCCUCCGCAAUCUAUACACAAUACCCCAUAAUGACAAAGCGAAAACAGGUUUUUAGAAAAUGUUGCUAAUUUAUUAUAAAUAAAAAACAGAAAUACCUUAUUUACAUAAGUAUUCAGCCCCUUUGCUAUGAGACUCGAAAUUGAGCUCAGGUGCAUCCUGUUUCCAUUGAUCAUCCUUGAGAUGUUUCUACAACUUGAUUGGAGUCCACCUGUGGUAAAUUGAUCACACACACUCCAAAUGAGUGAUUCCUCCCGCUCUCACCAUAUACCCCCAUCUCUCCCUUCCUCUCUCUCUACUCCUUUCAUUGUUAAUAUCUUCCGCUCCAAUGAGAAUUUUGGAACAGAACACUGAUCAAAGAGCAGGGGAUGGAUGUGAGGACGGAGUUAGGAUGGUGGGUUUGACGGUGGAGGUGGGGGAUGGUGGGAGUUCGUUUGGAUUGGAGUCUGUUCAAUCUGUGGAAUGUGGACUGAUUUCACACUGGGGUCACGCGAUUGGCUGAUGCAGGGAGAUAGAUGGACAGAAAAUCCCCCCUCCCAAAAGCGUCCUGUUCCAUUCAGUUCCAUGUACAUACAGAGGGCCCAAAAGCCCCAGCCAGAAGAGGGGUCUGGCUGGAGAGGGGUCGUUCAGUGUUGCAUUCAGUGUUGCAGGUCUUUCUUUCAGUGUUGCAGGUCUUUCUUUCAGUGCUGCAGGUCUUUCUUUCAGUGUUGCAGUUCUUUCUUUCCCAGUUGUCUGUGUAAAACAUAACCAUUUCAAACUUGAUGACAGUCAAGUUAUUAACUGCCAUAGUUGAGUUUUGAUAGUGAUUGUGAUCAUACAAGUAUCAUUGUACUGGAUGUAUCCCUAUGUGAUAAUUACAUGAUCUGUGAAAAAGCCUUGGCAGUCAAUGACAACAUGCAUAUAACAAACUGCAUUGUUCAAAAGAGCGUGAUGUACUGUAGUUAAUAUGGAUUAGAAUAUGUGGGAAUAUUUUUUGUGUUAAAUUGAGAGAGAGGGGUGGUAAUGGAUAAAGUUUAGCCAAGCUAACGACCUGGAGAAGUUACCUUAGCACGCUAACCCGUCGUUAUCCACCCCAUAAAUCUCACCUGUCGACUGGACACUUGAUAGCCUGCAGACCAUGCAUCUGAUCUCCAUCUUAUCUGCUCCACCCAUCAAGGGUUCAUGGCUGGAAUUCAGUCCAGACACCUCUUCCCUCUCUGGAACUUUAGCAUAACAAUGACUUAACAAACAAGGCUAAGGUUAGCUAGAUGGAACUCUCUCUUUUUUCCUCUCUCAGUUGAGAGUCCUGAUGCUAUGAGCUACAAAGGAAUAUCUUUUGUGACUUCGUUGUGGUGUUUUUUGUUGAACUGAUUUGUUGCAGUCUGGGGGUGGUCUUCGUUCCCUUUGGGACUGACAGAAAAGAUUAGCACAUGAGUCACCCCAGAUGCCCGUUGUUAACAGUCUGUCAAUGAGCACUAAACUAGCUGUGUAAAACAAAACCAAUGGAAAUGGGCUUGUUGUGUACAGGGGGUUUCUUAGUUUUAGUUGGGGAUUUUGCCCCGGGUGUCUCGCUGUGGGAGGAGCUAUGAAAUCUGGAGUCGCUCCAGGACUCUCCCACACGACUUGUCCUUUAGAAUUAGGGGGGAGAAGAUGAAAGGAAAUUUAGUGUCAGGGUGAAUACACAUACCAGGAUUAGCACAGGGGGACCUAACUUUGGUUGUGGUUCACUAGGUUGGCACUGGUAUUUGUCCACCAUCUAACAAGAUUGUUAAUGCAUGUUAGUGACACUCGAAUGCAAAAUAGUAAUACGUUAUAGCCUACUAGUGUUUAUGAGAUUUUGUUGACCAAAUUAUUGGACUUCAUCUAGCAGAGGAUGCUCUUUGCAUCACUAAGUUUGAUUGUGUUCUUGUUUAUAGCAGCACUGGGGUGAAAGAGGUUUCACACUUGCUGAACAGCCCCAAAGAAACACAACCAACCUCCAACAAUUAACUUUUUGCAACAGUAAUGCAGUAUACUAUCAAUGUUUACCACUUUAAUUAAAUUAUUGCCAAUGUUUCAUGCCACUGACUGCCUGGCUGUAUGUCUGUGUGUGUGUGUGUGUGUGUGUGUGUGUGUGUGUGUGUGUGUGUGUGUGUGUAUGUGUGUGUGUGACUAGAGCAGCAUCAACAUCUCAUUAUACUGUGCAUUCGUUUACUUUUUCCACAUUUUGUUACGUUACAGCCUUGUUCUAAAAUGGAUUGAUAAAUAAAAAAAUCCUCAUCAAUCUACACACAAUGACAAAGUGAAAAUAGGGUUUUAGAAAUGUUUACAAAGGUAUAAAAAAACAAAAACAGAAAUACCUUAUUUAUAUACAGUUGAAGUUGAAAGUUUACAUACACUUAGGUUGGAGUCUUUAAAACUCGUUUUUCAACCACUCCACACAUUUUUGUGCAUGACACAAGUAAUCUUUCCAAAAAUUGUUUACAGACAUAUUAUUUCACUUAUAAUUCACUGUAUCACAUUUCCAGUGGGUCAGAAGUUUACAUACACUAAGUUGACUGUGCCUUUAAACAGCUUGGAAAAUUCCAGAAAAUGAUGUCAUGGCUUUAGAAGCAUCUGAUAGGCUAAUUGACAUAAUUUGAGUCAAUUGGAGGUGAACUUGUGGAUGUAUUUCAAGGCCUACCUUCAAACUCAGUGCCUCUUUGCUUGAUAUCAUAGGAAAAUCCAAAGAAAUCAGCCAAGACCUCAGAAAAAAAAUUGUAGACCUCCACAAGUCUGGUUCAUCCUUGGGAGCAAUUUCCAAACGCCUGAAGGUACCACGUUCAUCUGUACAAACAAUAGUACGCAAGUAUAAACACCAUGGGACCACGCAGCCAUCAUACCGCUCAGGAAGGAGACGGGUUCGGUUUCCUAGAGAUGAAAGUACUUUGGUGCGAAAAGUGCAAAUCAAUCCCAAAACAACAGCAAAGGACCUUGUGAAGAUGCUGGAGGAAACAGAUACAAAAGUAUCUAUAUCCACAGUAAAACGAGUCCUAUAUCGACAUAACCUGAAAGGCCGCUCAGUAAGGAAGAAGCCACUGCUCCAAAACUGCCAUAAAAAAGCCAGAUUAUGGUUUGUAACUGCACAUGGGGACAAAGAUUGUACUUUUUGGAGAAAUGUCCUCUGGUCUGAUGAAACAAAAAUAGAACUGUUUGGCCAUAACGACCAUUGUUAUGUUUGGAGGAAAAAGGGGGUUGCUUGCAAGCCGAAGAUCACCAUCCCAACCGUGAAGCACGGGGGUGGCAGCAUCAUGCUGUGGGGUUCCUUUUCUGCAGGAGGGACUGGUGCACUUCACAAAAUAGAUGGCAUCAUGAGGAAGGAAAAUGAUGUGGAUAUAUUGAAGCAACAUCUCAAGACAUCAGUCAGGAAGUUAAAGCUUGGUUGCAAAUGGGUCUUCCAAAUGGACAAUGACCCCAAGCAUACUUCCAAAGUUGUGGCAAAAUGGCUUAAGGACAACAAAGUCAAAGUAUUGGAGUGGCCAUCACAAAGCCCUGACCUCAAUCCUAUAGAAAAUGUGUGGGCAGAACUGAAAAGGCGUGCGCGAGCAAGGAGGCCUACAAACUUGACUCAGUUACACCAGCUCUGUCAGGAGGAAUGGGCCAAAAUUCACCCAACUUAUUGUGGGAAGCAUGUGGAAGGCUACCCGAAACGUUUGACCCAAGUUAAACAAUUUAAAGGCAAUGCUACCAAAUACUAAUUGAGUGUAUGUAAACUUCUGACCCACUGGGAAUGUGAUGAAAUAAAUAAAAGCUGAAAUAAAUCAUUCUCUCUAAUAUUAUUCUGACAUUUCACAUUCUAAAAAUAAAGUGGUGAUCCUUUCUGACCUAAGACAGGGAAUGUUUACUAGGAUUAAAUGUCUGGAAUUGUGAAAAACGGAGUUUAAAUGUAUUUGGCUAAAGUGUAUGUAAACUUCCGGCUUCAACUGUAAGUAUUCAGACCUUUUGCUAUGAGACUCGAAAUUGAGCUCAGGUGCAUCUUGUUUCCAUUGAUCAUCCUUGAGAUGUUUCUACAACCUGUGGUAAAUUCAAGUGAUUGGACAUGAUUUUGGGAAAGUCUCUCCGUCUCUCUCUAGCUGAUAAGCUGGAUAUGAAGAUCGUUGAGAGAGAAAAGCGGAGGAAGAGACAUAGCGCGAAGCGAUAUGAGAGAAGAGUCGGAUAUAUAGAUACUCAGUAGAGCCUAUCGCAUAGAGCUGAGACUCGCUCUAUCUCUAUCUCAUCCUCUCUCUGCUCUCCUCUACUCUCCUCUCUACUCUCUAUCUCUCUCUCUCGUCUCUACUCUCUCUCUCUCUCUCUCUCUUCUCUCUCUCUCUCUCUCUCUCUCUCUCUCUCUCUCUCUCUCUUCUCUCUCUCUCUCUCUCUCUCUUUAGAGGGCAUCAUUCCACUUGGCCAACACAGGCCUGGAUUCGGUCCGUGUCUCAGAGGUUCAGGGCUGUAAAGCAAUUUAAAUGUAAACGUAAUUUCUGAUUGAGCCGACAUAUGCAGUGUUUAUUGUGAAUGCAGUCUCCGCGGGAACAUUGCCUUUGGAUUUCAGUCGCACUGUGGCGCUGAACUUCCGCAAUGCGGAUUGAAUCGAGCCCAAUGUGUGUAGUAGUGAGCAUAGUGAUGCACUUCCUGUGCUGGGAUAAAGGGCACUGAUCACCAUAGAAAUAGAAUCACUAGAAGGUGGUCCCCAUCAAGUCGAGGUCUGUAUGUGUGGACGAGAAUUUGAAGUACCAUAGCGGCAGGAGCCAAUAAGAGAGUUGGGCCAGUAACCGAAAGGUCUCUGGUUCGAAUCCCUGUGCUGAAUAGUUGACAAAUCUGCCGAUGUGCCCUUGAGCAAGGCACUUAACUCUAAUUGCUUCUGUAAGUCGCUCUGGAUAAGAGCGUCUGCUAAAAUGUAAAUGUAAAGCAUAUUCUAUUUGUGAUUCGGCUCAGAUCCACCCAGAUAUUGCUGACUUUUACAGUUGUUUAUUUCAGAUCAGCCAAAGCCCCACUGGGCUGCUCUCUUUUUUAAAGCCCAUUUCAUAAUCUCAAAUGUGAGGCAGCGGUUGGAUACAUUUUCUAGUAGCUAUUCUGGAGUAACAUCAUCAUUUCAUUUCAGCCCCAUGGGUAUGAGUCCAAUACUGUAGAAGUAAAUGAAGGCCACUGUUUAUAUAUAAAGAAAUAUAUAUAUAUAUAUAUAUAUAUAUAAUAAUUAUUAUUAUUAUUAUUGCCAAUGUUUUUGUGUCAGAACCAAAUGGCCUACAAAUCUGGACCAAAGCUGGUUCUGAAUCGGGUUAGAGUGGCACUCAAUAAACAACAUUGUGCUAGCACAGUGUGGAUAUAUGAGAGACAUUCAGAAGUGUACUGGCGUCACCCCCAUAUCAAGAUGUCAUAACAAUAUUGUAACAGACCAUCACAAUAAAUGACAACCAACUUAUCCCUCCAAAAAUGUAAACGGCUCUCACAUUUAGUGUGUGAACACACUAAAUGUGACAUAUAAUAAAUAAAAGUGGUGAUGACUUGUUAUGGCAUCUCAACUGCAUUAGGGUAUUAUUAUACUGUAUAAUGUUUCAGUCAAACAUUGCUGCCAUCCAGAACUGUCCAUAAUUUUGCACAACAAUAACCAUCUCCUAUUCUUCUCCUCAGGGAUAUUCUGCACGGCAACCAGCAACAAGUGCUUGUCUGGGCCCUGCCAGAAUGGUGCCACAUGUGUGGACACCAUAGACGACUACACGUGCCUCUGCCCCCCUCGCGACGAGUUCCGCUACAUGGGCAAAGACUGCGACGAACUGUAUGAUGCCUGCUUUUUCGCCGCCUGCUCAGACUGCACCAGCACCCCUGGCACGUCCAAAUACCACUGCGUCUGCCCCAAAGGAUUCACCGGUGACAACUGCACUGAGGAAGUGGAUGAGUGCCAUAGCAACCCUUGCUCUGAGCCCCAUACAGAGUGCAUCGACCAGGUCAACGGCUACUUCUGCCGAUGUUCGCCCAGCUACGGAGGAGAGGACUGCCAAGAGCAAGUGACCGACUGCAUCGACGAGCCGUGUCUGAACAACGGGACUUGUAUACUGUUACAGGAUGGAUUCGAGUGCCACUGUGCGCCGGGGUUCGAAGGGAAGCAUUGUGAAGAGGACGUGGACGAGUGUGCAUCACACCCUUGCCAGAACGGAGCUAUCUGCAUGGAUGGCUUGGCUAAGUUUCACUGUUUCUGUGUACCAGGCUUCCAGGGCUACAACUGCGAGAUUGAUAUCAAUGAGUGCGCCUCGCGGCCCUGCGAGAAUAACGGAACCUGCAUCAACGAGAAGGACCAGUACGAAUGUGAGUGCCUCGUAGGGUUCACAGGUACGCUGUUCCGCCUUUUCAUAAUUCACACCUCUGCCCACACAAUGAUGUGUUUGUACUCAGUUAGUCCGGAAUGAAGUGUAAUUCUUCCACCAUAUUCGCAACCCUACACCAUCCACAACUCACUGUCUCUCAUCUAACACUUCCUCCAGUGUGGAGGGAGAUCUUAUGCCUUGCUUGUUAAUGUUUCUUGACAAAAUGUAUCAGCAAGAUUCAGGUAUCUCAUAGUACUUCAUUCACCAAGCCAUAACUUGUUCACAUUAAAGGUGCACUAAGCAAGAUGACAUCAUCAUACACAACAGGACGAUCUCAUAUUAAUCAAUGUGGGUGUGCCACAAAGAAUGGUACAAAUUGUGCAGAGCCAAUGAGUCUUGGCAGAGUUGAAUAAUGAUGUUGUUAUUGUCCUGUUGUUGAUGAUGUCAUCUUACUAACUGUACCUUUAAGUGUAAGUUUGGUUUAAGUGUAAGUGCAGUGACUAAGAUGUUCGAUACUGGUCUCUAGUCUUGUCUUCAGUUUGGCCCCUGUGGAUAGGUCUCCCGCUGUGUGAGAGAAAACACUCCACCUCUUGUAUACUUAUUUUCUUACUCUCCUUUAUUUUCUCAGCAGGCCUGGUCUGUCUAGGUGCUUCAUCCUUAUCUCUAAUGGGGUGGGAAAGGUCAGCAGUAAUGCAUUCCUUUGUCAGCAUAUCAUUGCCGAUGGAGAUUUUCAAGGAAAGGGUUAAGAUGGCGAACUGAGGCAUCUUUACAUUAUCAUCUGUGCUAUCUAGAGGCAUCCACAAGCAGACUCCAUGCUACUGCCUAUUUUUAGUUAGAGAAACAAACACCAGAUAGAGUACAAAAUGGCUACUCUUGUAUUUACUGUCCACUAUACUUUCUUUCAGUAUUAUCAUAAGAGCAGAGAUGAGCUAUUGACAAACAUUGGCUCCAUAUUUACAUUUAGGUCAUUUAGCAGACACUCUUAUCCAGAGCGACUUACAAAUUGGUGAAUUCAAUUUAGGAUAGCCAGUGGGACAAGCACCCUUUUUUUUAUGGGGGGGGGGGGGGGGGUGUAUAUAGAUGAGAUACAGUGGUGAAGUGCUGGGAUUUAAAUGCUUUAAAGUCUGUAGAAGAUGCAGUGCCUAGUGAAAGUUUACACACCCCUUGCCCAGUUGUCACAUUUUGUUGCCUUAAAAUUUAAUCUAAGAAGGGAUUACAAUUUAAAAAAUCCUAUAGAUCUACACAACCUGCUACACAUCUUCAAAGUGAAAGAAAAAGUAUACAUUUUUCUAAAUUAAUAAAAAUUAAAAACAAAGAUGUCUUGAUUGCAUAUGUCUUCACACCCCAGAGUUAAUACUUGAUGGAAGCACCUUUGGCAGCAAUUACAGCUAUAAAUCAUUUUGAAUAAUAUUCUACCAACUCUGCACAACUCUUAGGGCGACAUACAUCCAUUGUUUUUGUCAAAAUUGCUCAAGCUCAGUAUAUGUGGUUGGGAAUAAUUGACAGACAGCAAUAUUCAAACCUUGUCACUGACUUUCUAGCAGAUUUAAGUCAGGACUGAGACUGAACCCCUCAGGAACACUUAACACCUCUUGGAAAGCCAUUCUGGUGUGUCUUUGGCAUUGAAAUCUGUGUAAUUGUCCCACUGAAAAAUGAAACUCAGAGUUACUAUUCAGACGACUGAGGCAGGUUUUCCUCUAACUUUUACCUGGGCUUUGCUCCUUUCAUAUUCAUUUUGAACCUGGCAAAUUCCCCAAUUCCUGCCACAUUACUAGAACAUACAGAGGGUUUUAUCUGUUUAUCUGUAGAUCUGUAGGGGGAACAAUCAAACUUAAUCUCUAUGUAUCUUUAAUUUGAAGGCAGCAAUAUGUGACAGCUGUGAAAAAGGUGUGUGUAGACUUUCACUAGGCACUGUAUGUCCCCUCCUAAUAUAACCUGACAGUACAGUUCCUCACUCACUCCCACUUUGUUUCUCAUUCAUCAUCACACAUUCUCCCACUCUUUCUCUAACUCAUACUCUCCUUUUUCUCCACCUCUCACAGCAGUGAACUGUGAGGUGGAGAUAGACGAGUGCGAGUCCAACCCUUGUCGCAAUGGAGCCACCUGCCAUGACCUCAUUGGUCUCCUGCGAGUGUCUGCCUGGGUUCGAGGGCACAGACUGCGAGGUGGACAUUGAUGAGUGUGUCAGUGAGCCCUGCCUAAAUGGAGCCAUCUGCCACGACAAGGUGGCCAGGUAACUGCACAAGGCUUUUAGAAUUGUCCCACCAGACAGACACAACUCCUGUCCUUAAAUGACUUUAGGGCCUGACUGCUGUUUUGGUGAGCUAAAGCCCCUUACACUGAGACAGGGUGUUAUCUCAAUCAUCCAUCUGUUAACAAGUAGGCCUAAAAUUGUUGGCAUGCACUUGAGUGCUCCUCUGAAUUUUGAAUACAUUUCACCAGUCCAGAGUCUGUACAUUCUUAAACAAAGCACUACACCGGGCUGUAUUGCAUUAAUUUGUAUUUAGCGUAUAUAAUAUAAUAAUAUAAUAUGCCAUUUAGCAGACGCUUUUAUCCAAAGCGACUUACAGUCAUGCGUGCAUACAUUUUUUUUUUUGUGUAUGGGUGGUCCCGGGGAUCGAACCCACUACCUUGGCGUUACAAGCGCCGUGCUCUACCAGCUGAGCUACAGAGGACCACGUAUAUGCUUUGUUGAAUGUCAAUGUAGCGAUUGCAACUGCCCCAGAGUGACCCAGACUUCCUUUCCUGCAGCUAUGAGUGUGACUGUGAGGACACAGGCUUCAUGGGAGACCACUGUGAGGAGGACAUCCCUGAGUGUGCUUCUGACCCGUGUCAGCAUGGCGCCACCUGCCUGGAGGGAGUCAAAGAGUACACCUGCCUCUGCUGGCCUGGUAUGUGCAACUUACCAUUACCCACCACAUAAAUCAUUUGAGUAUAAUAUGUACAGCUGUUAAUGUUGUCAGAUGAUUGGAGAGUAUUAUAGCAACAAUUACUGUGCAGUUUGUUUAGGCUUUGAGUGAAGAGUAUUACAGUGUAUUUACAUUUUAUUGGGUCUCCUAGGUUACAAAGGGGAGAACUGUGAGAUUGACAUUGAUGAGUGUGCUGAGCAGCCAUGUGAGAACGACAGCGAGUGUUUCGAGCAUUCCGACACAUCCCACUGGGAGAUGGACUGGGAGUUCAGCUUCGCUGAUGCUGCCGGAUACCUGUGCCAGUGUCAGCAUGGCUUCGCAGGUGAGACGCAGUCCAAUGAAAGGAGCAGGUUUUACUAUUACACUGUUUGUUACCUUUUUAUUGUUUUGAAAAUUUCUCAUGGACAAAGAAUUAUGUUGUUGGUGUUGUUUCUUUGUCCCUUGUCAGGAGAGAACUGUUCUGUGAACAUUGAUGAUUGUGAGUCUGAGCCCUGCCAGAAUGGAGGCUCUUGUGAGGACCAGGUGAAUGGCUACACCUGUUUGUGUCCGGAAGGAUUUAUGGGUAAGGUCUUCAUCACACUCUGUAAACUCUGUAUUCUUCUGUAUGUCAUUACAGCAUGACAGUAUCAUCUCUUUUUUGCUGUUUUUACAGCUGGCAUCUUAUCAGGCCCACAGACUGAUUUGUAUAUUCCAUUCUAGGUAGAUCAAUCUUCAAAUGUCUGACUAAAAUAGUGCAUUGCAUUUGCAGGGGAAAUUUGCAAAAUCAACAUUGAUGAGUGCCAGAGCCAGCCGUGUUUGAAUGGUGCCUGGUGCGAGGAUGGCGUGGCCAGCUAUACCUGCCACUGCCCCGAGGCCAAGCCGCCCUGGGGUGGCCACCACUGCAAAAUCCAGCUUCUGGGCUGUGUGGAACAUGAGUGCCAGAACAGCGCCACCUGCCACCCAUGGCUGGAAGAGGAAGAGCACGGCCAAACCUGCCUCUGCCCCCACGGCUUCUACGAUGAGCUCUGCUCCACCCCCACCACCUUCUCAUUCUCUAGUCCGGGCUUCGUCCUCAUCAAGGUAAUCCUGGAAGAGGAAGAGAGGAGGAGAUGGAGGCAUGCCGAGCACAACCAUCACGGGAAGGGAGUCCGGCUUCGCUUCCGCACCACCUUGCCCGACAUGGUGCUCUUCUACCGUGGCGACGCUGACAGCCACCUCCUGCUGGAAAUUGUGGGUGGAGGCCUUCGCGCCAAGGCCUUCUCAGAGGAUGUUGAGCUGGAGGUGGCCUUCUCUGGGCUGGUCAGUGACGGGGAGUGGCGUGAUGCUGACGUGUAUGUAAACGAGAAGGAAGGGCUGGUUCUGAACCUGAAAGGUACAGGAUGUGACAGUGAAGGGUGCAAGGUGGAGGAUGGUGGUCCCGAUGGGCCACACUUCGCUCCCUCAGAGGCGUUUGGUCACGUCUACGUGGGGGGUGUCCCUGAAGAGUUGCUGGAGCACACAGCAAGCAGCCACGGGUUUGUCGGGUGUAUGGAGGACAUGCUGAUCGACUUCAAGACCGUCUUGCCUCAGAACCUUCCAGAGGAGCAGGCUCACGAGAUGGAGCUGGGCUGUAGCAAGACAGAGUGGUGCAAACCCGACCCCUGCACAGGUCAAGGCCGCUGUGUGGACCUAUGGAUUAGCCACCGCUGCGACUGCUACCGGCCCUUCCAUGGUCACAGCUGCUCCGAUGGUAAGCAACAUUUACCUUCCACCAAAAGUAAAUAUAUCUUCUGAUGAAGUCUUCUGAGGAAGACUUCAUUCAUAAAGAAACGUCCAACCAGACCGUUUUCAAAUGAACUACACUUGCAAUUUUGUUUGAGGGCUGUGGUUGGCUUUGUCAAAGUAAUUUUAUUUGUCAAAUAUUUUUGUCUUCGCUGCUAGAUUAGUGAUUUACCCUAGGUGAAAUAGGUACACCUGACUGCUUGAUUGUCAUCCAUAGUAUUGCUUUCCUUCUAUAACAACUCCACCUCCACUCUGACAGAGUUCCCCUCCUGGACGUACAGUCAUGAGAAAACUGUGAGCUACAGUGCCUAUGCCAUCGGCAGCUUCCACGGCGCCAACUUCAGUGUCUCCUUCUUCCUGCGCUCACUGAAACCCGACGGCCUGCUUUUCCAGCUGAGGCGACCCAGGGAGGACGGAGAAGAACGCGAGGCCUACUUCAAUGUCUACCUCGGCAUGGGGAGAGUCCUGGUCAGUUCCCUGACAGAAAGCCACGCACUGACGGAGCCCAUCGUCGUGACCACGGGCAAAAAGAAACUGCUCCAAUUCAAGGUCCAGUAUGGACAAGUGUUCUUCGAGCACACCGGCCUGCGCUACGGAAUAGGCAAGGUGCCCGAGGUGGAGGUGCACAAUGGAGACCUGGCCUACGUAGGGGGUCUCCCCGGGGAGGAGAAGGAGACGCAGGCAUGGGGAGGACACUUCAAGGGUUGCCUGCAGGACCUGCGUCUGGACGGGGUACAUCUGGACAUGGACGCGUGGAACAGCACACUAAACAACUCAGAGGGAGAGGUGUACUUCCCUGCCAACACUGAGAAUGUAGAGCCUGGCUGUAUUAGCGAUGACACCUGCCAGGUAGGACUGACUACACUAAUAUCAAUACAUCUAUUGUAAUAAGGUGUAAUAAUAUUGAAUCGUAUUAGUAUUGCAUACUGACCUAUGAUUAUCAACAUUAGAGUGGAAUAUUACAGACAUGAAGGGUAGGCUGUAAAUGUGAAUCAUGUCAACUGUAUCAAAAUUCAGAUUAAUAAAAAAAUUGAAAGACAUGGUCAGUGGCGAAUGAGGACAAAUCAGUGGCUUGUGACUGGGCUAUAAUGGACUAAAUGUUGUUUUGGUCUAAAGGCGGUGCCAUGCCAGAACGGAGGAGAUUGUACUAUAACAUGGAAUGACUUUGCGUGUUCAUGUCCCAUUGUUUUCACCGGGAAGACCUGCGAGACACGUGUGUGGUGUGUCAGCGACCCAUGUGUCAAUGGUGGCCAUUGUGUGGACCUGGCUGACGGAUAUGAGUGUGAGUAAAUAUUAAGCUAAUUCUUAGCUUGUAAGAAAUCACUCAAGACUGGCAAAACUGUUUAGGGUUCUGAAAUUCUAUCCAGGCGGAGUGGUCAGCUGUGCUCGCUCGUGCCCAUGGAAGCCGCUCAGCCGACGCGAAGUAAAUAGGAUUCUGCUCUAUUUUUCAAGAGGUGCCGUCGUUGUUGACCAAUCACAGUAGAAAAAACUGCCUGCGUAGUGAUACGAAUGCACUAACAUUCCAACAGCAGGACCAGCUAACUUGCCCACUCUAGCUAGCUAGCAGGCUAAUACUAUCAGUUUACAGAGUUAUGUUUAACAAUAAAAAUCAUUGUUUUGUAAUACAUUUUUGGAUUAACAAUUUCUGUUGCGUGUAAAUAAGGUUUUAUGCAUGCUUAUGGUGUUAUAGUGACAAUUAUUUUGUUGCUAUGAUCACUGCUGGCUUUCGCAUAGACUGUGGGCUGUCGCCUUGUGUGUGAAGGUACUAGCCACUUUGACUAGAGGGACAAGUUGUGUACUUUGCGAUAUUCUGCUGGCUGUCUGAAAAGCGCUUUAGUGUUUCUUCACCUUUUACUUUUCACCUUUUAAAACAUUUUUAUUUAUUUUAGUGUAUAGCUGUCUUUGCAUGAAUGAGUCAAUUCCCACACACACAAGAUGCAUACUAGAUAGCUUUAAUAGUACAUUAUAUAUAUAUAUAUAGUGCGUUUUUUGUUGUCUAAUGUCUAACCUGUCUGUUAACCCUCAGGUGUGACCAACACUACUUUCGAGAACAACCAAGUGCAGUUCAGCGCAGAGGGUUCCCUGGGCUUGCCGCUGACCCAAGUGUACCUGGAGCUCCGCACCCGCUCGGAGAAGGCUGUGCUGCUCCGAGCCUUCCACGCGGCCGAGCUCCUGCUGGUGGGACUGCUGGACUCCUCAAUCCGCGUUGAGAUCCAUGUCGGCAACAGUGUGGAGGUGCUGACCUUCUCCGGCGUGCGCCACGUGGCCGAUGGCCAUUGGCACCGAGUGCACAUAUCCAUGGCCGACCCGGACAGCGAGGCUUCCCACUGGGUCAUCACCGUGGAUGGCAUCACCGACGCCAGCAGCACCCCAGAGGAGGCGAGUGCCCUGCACUUCCUCAACGAGGAAGGGGCGGAGGUUGCUAUCGCCGAGAGCUUCUUGGGCUGUCUGGGCGCCGUGCGAGUCGGUGGGGUCUAUCUACCAUUUGUGGACGCCCAACACCCGCCGCAGCCUGCCCGCUUCCACAGAACAGGCGACGAGGAUAUCCACACGGGUUGUAGGAGUGCUGACGUAUGCCAUUUCGACCCCUGCCGGAAUGGAGCUACGUGCAAGGAUCUCUUUAACAGGUUUGGCUGCGUAUGCGAGCCGGGCUGGGAGGGAGAGCAGUGCGAGGUGGACACAGAUGAGUGCGCAUCCGGGCCCUGCGUCUACGGCACCUGCACGGACGAGUUGGCAGGUUUCAAGUGCGCAUGCGACCCGGGGUACGGGGGUGAUACCUGCGAGGAGGACCUGAAUGAGUGCGAGGAACACGGCUGUAAGAACGGGGGCACCUGCGUGGAUGGGGUGAACAACUACAUCUGCGAGUGCACAGAUGACUUUGCCGGCCCACUCUGCCAGUGAGUAGCCUCUCUGUUUAUGCCAACCAAUUAGUGUCACAAUAAGUUGUCAGGGACCAUUCUCAGAUAAUUUUUUAUUUAGAUAGCACAUAUUUAGGUUUUAUACCAAGCUUUAAAUUGAGUUGCUUAACCUAUCAUAUCAAAUACAGCAUAACUAAUGGAAAGUUGCAUGAUUAUAUACUUUUUGAUGAACAGGAACCCUUCACUCGAACACCUAUUGUGGACAUUGGGCAGUUUUCAAGGCUUUGAGUCGCCAUUGUGAAGAGGGUGUAAUUAUGUACAUUACCCAAAGGUGGACCUAUCCACCACUGAUGUGCGAAGAGGAUGUUCAGUGUGAAAAUGUGAUCUGCCAUGACGGGCUCUGGGGGGCCAACUGUUCCUGUGUGCCCGGUUUUGCAGGGGAGAGGUACGUUUUCAAAGCUCCUCUCAAUAAUGCACAGAAUAAUACAGCUGUUUACAAAUCACCCAUUACAGUGUACCACAGUUUGGGAAACACUGCUUGGUAUGGUAGGGAUGGAUACCAGAAUAUAUACACUACCGUUCAAAAGUUUGGGGUCACUUAGAAAUGUCCUUGUUUUCGAAAAGAAAGCCAAUAUUUGUCCAUUAAAAUAACAUCAAAUUGAUCAGAAAUACAGUGUAGACAUUGUUAAUGUUGUAAAUGGCUAUUGUAGCUGGAAAUGGCUGAUUUUUUAUGGAAUAUCUACAUAGGCGUACAGAGGCCAAUUAUCAGCAACCAUCAGUCCUGUGUUCCAAUGACACGUUGUGUUUGCUAAUCCAAGUUUAUCAUUUUAAAAGGCUAAUUGAUCAUUAGAAAACCCUUUUGCAAUUAUGUUAGCACAGCUGAAAACUGUUGUGCUGAUUAAAGAAGCAAUAAAACUGGCCUUCUUGAGACUAAUUGAGUAUCUGGAGCAUCAGCAAUUGUGGGUUCGAUUACAGGCUCUAAAUGGCCAGAAACAAAUAACUUUCUUCUGAAACUCGUCAGUCUAUUCUUGUUCUGAGACAUGAAGGCUAUUCCAUGCGAGAAAUUGCCAAGAAACUGAAGAUCUCGUAAAAUGCUGUGUACUACUCCCUUCACAGAACAGCGCAAACUGUCUCUAAGCAGAAUAGAAAGAGGAGUGGGAGGCCCCGGUGCACAACUGAGCAAGAGGACAAAUACAUUAGAGUGUCUAGUUUGAGAAACAGACGCCUCACAGGUCCUCAACUGGCAGCUUCAUUAAAUAGUACCCGCAAAACACCAGUCUCAACGUCAAUAGUGAAGAGGCAACUCCGGGAUGCUGACCUUCUAGGCAGAGUUGCAAUGAAAAAGCCAUAUCUCAGACUGCCCAUCUUAAUAUUUUCUUUUUAUUGGCCAGUGAUAAGGCUUUUUCUUUGCAACACUGCCUAGAAGGUCACCUUAUUUAUUUUUGACUGUCUUUUUUUGUCAUUUAUGAAUGUGUUAUUCAAUGCGUUUCUAUGGGCUACAGUAGUAAAGGCCACAUUUUCAUGUCAUCUGACCAUAGCACCGGCAGGUUGAUGAACGGCAUUGGCUCUUCCAGCAAAAGACAUUGGCUCUUCCAGCAAGACAAUAACCUCAAGCACACAUCAAAAUCCACAAAUAAAUGGUUAAUUGACCACAAAAUCAACAUUUUGCAAUGGCCAUCUUAGUCUCUGGAUGUGAAUCCCAUUGAAAGAAAACCUGUGGUUUGAGUUGAAGAGGGCAGUCCAUAAGAACAGACAAAGGAUAUCAAGGAUCUGGAAAGAUUAUGUAUGGAGGAAUGGUCUAAGAUCCCUCCCAACGUGUUCUCCAAUCUCAUAAAACAUUUUAGAAAAAGGCUCAGUGCGAUUAUCCUUGAAAGGUGAGGUAUUGAAAGGAAUUGGAAACGGGUGUCAAUAAUUUUAACCCCUACAGUACCUUUUUGAGAGAAGAAAAGCAUUACUUGUUAAACAAUAUCUCAUUCUCUGAGCAAUUGUAUUAGUAUAAAAUAAUUUCCCAAUUUUUUUAGCAUACAAUAUACAAAAGGUAUUUGAUUUAUUUUAUACAGUAAUUUUUGUUAUUCUUUAUCAAUAAUUUUGGACCCCAAUGUAUGUCUUACAUGCUUGCUCUGUCUAGACUUUAAAACGUCCUUAUUGUGUUUUCCUCCUCAGGUGUGAAACGGAGAUAGAUGAGUGUGAGUCUAACCCCUGUCGGAAUGGUGGAUCCUGUAUCGAUCGACUCAACAGGUUCUGGUGUGUGUGCCUACAUGGCUACAGCGGCCCAUUCUGCGAUACAAGCGUAAGAACUAUUGACUUCUUCAUCCUUCUCCUCUUCCAAGUAAUUUUGCAUUAAUCGUCUAUGUAUACACAAUAAAUAAUUAUUUAAUGAUUAGUAAACACUUCUAAGCAUUUCUAAGUAUUAUUAUCUUUCCAAUGCAUUUAUAGUUAUUCAUACAAAUGUAUGGAUUUAUAAUGGUUUAUUCAUGAAAAUUAUUAUGACGUGUAACAUAUUUUUAGCAGUAGGUCAUUUUAGACUUAGCCACAGUCAGUCACUCAUCACUGACAUUUCUCCCUUGGUUCCUUGCUUGUUCCCUCCUUGCAGAAACAGUCCCAGAAAGAGUGGGUGCAGUGGCUGGUGAUAGCCAUCCGCCUGGUGUGCCUUGGUGCUCUGCUGGCAGUCAUCGGCCUCACCUUGAUGGCGCUCACAGACCGCAAGAAGUGCCAGUCGGAGGGCGCCUACAGCCCCAGCGUUCAGGAGGUGGCCGGGGCGCGCCUGGAGAUGGAUAGCAUGCUUAAGGUCCCCCCCGAGGAGCGGCUCAUCUGA